CCCAGCCUCCCUGAGUCCCGGAUGUUGGAUCCAAUCCUGGUUUUGAUUCACAUCCAUAAAAGGGCUGUGGCUGGGAGACUCCUCAGGCCCCCCUCCCCCUCCAUGUGGACACAGCAUCCUUGAGCUGAUACUUUGUUGCAUUAGAAAGUGUUAUUAACCCUCUCCUGGCCGGGGCUGCAGUUGUAGGUCUCAAUCAGUAAAGUAUACAGGGAGGGGGCCAGAGUGAGUGCUCAGAGCCUGGACAGGGGGGGCUUGGGGGAGUGUGAGACCCAUUGCUGAGAUUGUACAGCUUGAGGCAGGCUGCCCUCACCUACCCCUCCCUCCAACCCCUGGGGUAACUUACUGCAAGAAGAGGGGAGGGCAAAAGGUAAGUGUGCAUGCUUUCCUGGACUUACAUUCAACUCCCCCCAUUCCCAUCUAUUCCCCACACCCCUCCCCUCUCUCUGCUGCCUCUUCCCUCCACAGCUUAAAAAGUUAAUAUUACACAAGGACUGGGAGCUGCAGGACCGGUUAGGUAACUUUCUACAAACAGGUGAAAACAACGGUUUGUGGAGACAGAGACACAGAGACACAGACAGACAGAUGUAUGUAAAUCUCAGGGAAUGACUGGCAGCACACAGCUCACUGGGUCUAUGGAGAAAACUCAGGAUUAGGAAAUUACUAACCCCCCCCCUCCCCCCCCCUGACAGCUGUAUUAACCAGUUCCCUGCCGGGUGAGUUUUGCAGUAAAUGUUGGGGGUCACAUGGCUGCAGGGAUCACACCCUGUUGCUCUGAGUUAAACUGAGCCAUGAUCUCAAUCUGUGCUGCUUCCUUUUACUGAGCGAUCAUUUCUAUUUGUGGUGUAAAUAACAUUUUUAACUAAUUUCCCUUUUUUUUGUCAUUUUCCAGUGAGCUGUGAUCGGGGUGGAAUAUCCCUGAUGGGCUAUGUGAGUGCUGGGUGGGGGCUGCUGAUUGAAACCCCCCUAGUUUAGGAUGGGGUUAGUUUACUGCCAGCUGGGAGUUGCUUUGUUUGUAGAAUCUUCAGUUACAUUUUGUUUGGUGUUUACAAACAGUAAACAUUGUAUCUGUAUUGCUGCAGCUCAUUCAGAUUUAUCAUCUAUUAACCCUUUGCAGAUUUGGAUGAAAUCCCCCAGUUUGACAUUUCUCCAGUUAAUAGAGCUGUAAUUUCCUCUCCUCACAGGAAGAAAAGAUGGCUCUGGAUGGGAUCCGAAUGCCAGAUGGCUGCUAUGCAGAUGGAACCUGGGAAUUAAAUGUCCAUAUCACCGACCUAAGCCGGGAUGUCACCUUGAGGGUCACCGGGGAGGUCCACAUUGGCGGUGUGAUGCUGAAACUGGUGGAGAAACUUGGUAAGUUUCCAGUGACACUCGCCAUCCAAUUGCUCGCCCUUAUUCGUAGUGUAAAGAACAAGGAUUUGAUUUUAUUUAACGUGUCCUUGGGGGAGGCACCCAUUCUCAAUCACUUUAUUGUUUUAUGGUGGCUGGCUCAGUGGCCCUUGUUUCCAGGUCCCCGUUAGCUCUGUGGACAGCCUGUCUUGUCAUUGCGUUUACUGGUGACGUGUGUGUUUGCUGUUCUGUAUGUCUCGAUAUAAGAUUUUUUUAUAUAGUCCAUGACCCUUAUUGGGUUAAUAGGGUUUAGCUGCCUUUUUGGGGGGUUAUGUUCUGGGGAAAUGAAUAACUCUGGAUUAUUAAUCCUUUAUGGCAGUUUUCUGGUCCCAGUAACAGGACUUUUGCAUUCCAUUGGUUCUGUAGAAUUUAUUUAUAAGAAAUCCAUAAUCUAUUACAGACAGAUGUGUUAAAUUGCUGCAGCCCAUGUACGAUAUAGAAUUGACAUGGGUUUAUAGAACAAACCCACUGCUAAAAGCUGGCUGAGCUUCAUGGGAGGUAUAGUUCAAACAUCUACGGUGCCAAAGGAAGCUGUAAGUUCUUUUUGUUUGGGCAGUGCUCUCUUCACUUACUGUUCCCGUGUGACAAAUCUGAUUUUGUUUUGUUAGAAUUUUGUCUUGUUUACAUCUUGUACAGCACUGUGGAAUAUGGUGGUGCUAUAUAAUAGAAAUUGGGAAGUUGACUUCCAUAUACUCGCUGGCCCUGGAGGUAAGCGAUUAUCGCUGCUCACGUUCGAAGCACUGAGCCAAAUCCAUUUACAAUGUAGCCAAACCUGACCUGUUAUUGGGGUGUCCUCUGCGAAGUAUUGGUAGCGCCCAAAGUUGCCUUAUUGCUGUUACUGGACUGAACGGGCGUGAUCCGCUCUGGCUGUCUGCAUACUAUCACCCCGUCCAUUUAACACCCUUUUUGGACAGCUUUCAGGAUUCUGGCAAUGGCUUCACACUGUAUUUGGGCCCCUUUACUUCUUUCCCUGGUUAGAAAGCCGGACCAGGUCUGUAGCUGUAAUAUGACUGGGUACCAGUGCUGGAUUCGUGGAGCUGGACCCCACUGGGCGUCUGUGCUGUGUUAUCAGUCUGCACAGAUAUUGGAUAAGAUGGUAAAAAAGCGACAAACUUCCAAGAAGAAGGUUUAACCCUGUCUUAAUCCCAUAUUAAUAAAUCCAAGGGUUAUAUGAACUCCUGGACUCGAUUGGUUUGAAUCCUUUUUAAUAAGAUUGGUGAAUGCAGGCUGCCUGUGUACCAGUCCCUGACUGGUUCUAAUCAUUCUGCAACCAAUUCUUUCUUUCUGCCGUCUAUGGGACAGUUUCCUUGACCGGCUCAUCUCAUUUUUGUAAAGGUCAAUCGAUCCAGUCAGACAAAACCAGUAAUUCUGCAAAUGUCGUGUUAUAUUUUUUUUUAAUCUAGAAUUUGACGUUCCUCCCGCAGGAGCUCCAGCUGUUAAUUAAAAAUCCCUCCAGCCUCCUCACUUCCCUUUAGUAGAUGCAUUCCUCUGUAAGGUGGCACCAAAGUCUGAAUAAAAUAUGCCAAAUUAGCAGAUUUGCCAACAAUUCUCCAACUUGCUAAUAACAGCUUGAAUGUUAUAAAUAGUUUUUCUGUUUACAUGAAUGAACCCGGCAGUGAACCACACAUCUUUACAGCCCUCGCUGUAUUUAUGUAUUACGCCAGCAAGUUCCAAAGCACUGUAUGGCUUGUAAUUCUUUACCAAUACGUUGCACCUUAUUAAAAUGUGUUAAGGAGUUUGUGAAUUCUAAGUCGGCAGAAUUAAGGGAAAUAUAAUCUAGCUGCUGGACUGCGGAUCGUGCUUGUCCUUUGUGGUGCUUAUGAUGUGGCCGUGGGAUUGGUGGUUCUUUACACACCUUGUUACAAUGUAACUUAUUCAGCUGAUAACCAAUUGUUCCUCGGUCAGAGGGUGGUGUCCGUGGUCCUCUCUGCCUGUCCACCAGUGUCUAGUGGCACCGUUUAGGUACAUUGAUGGAAGCUCUGUGUAUUGGGGGUUUUUUUUUUUGUUUUGUUUUUUGUCUAUUGGGAGAUAUUGGGGGGGGGGGUGCACAGCUGACAUUCCACUUACUAAGAACAUAAGACAAGCAGGGAUGGGGAGUAAGGGGCUGCAUUCCGUUAAGCCACUGCUUCCAGGAGCAAAGGUCAACCUCUGCUUUCAGAGCCUCCCAUCCAUGCGUUCCUUUGGGGGCUGUAACUUCAGAGUUCUAGGUGUGGGGGGAGGAGGUGCUAUGGCUUAGAUUUGUCGCUGAUGCCACCCGACCUUCCUCCUGGUAAGGUGCUUGUGUAACAACUUUAUUUUGGUUUAAGCAGUAAUAUUCUGUAGUUGGGUUUUAAUGCCACAAUUCAGACUGUCAGACAAGGUUUGUUCGACCUGGUUCUAUCACAGAGCAUGCCAGAACUGCGUGUUAGCUGUAUAAAGAGAGCAAUCGUCAUGCAAUCCAGUAGAAUAUUGCUCCAGUUUUAGCACUCGGUAGGCUUUAUUGGUGUCUUACUCUGCAGACCCCCUUUUCUCCUCUAAUUCAGAAUGUCCGUCCUGUGGAGGGACACUCUAUAGCAGGGGUGCCAAGAAGGUAGAUCGCCAGAUGUUUUACAACUACAGUUUCCAUGAUUUGUCAUUCUAAAGCCAUUUAAAGAAUCAUGGGAGUUGUAGUUCUCAAUAAUCUGGGGAUCUACCCUUCGGGCACCACUGCUCUGUAGGUUCCUCUUGGCCUCUAUGCUCAGGCUGAACGCAGACUCUGUCUCCUGCUAGGAAAGGCUUAUUCUGUGUUUUAUUAGAUAAAAAGGGCCUAUGCAGCUCAAUUCUGCAAAUCAUGUUCUAAUCCACCGCAGCUCCUGAGGCUCUGAGACGACGAGGUAGAGAAAUGGCUCACCAGUUGCUUGUGUUUAACAAAAAAGCGCUAUAUCUGGCGGUUAUUUUUACCCUGUGUGAGAAUCGGUCAAGGUGACUUCUCUACAGACGCUCUAAAUAACAUCAUUAGUCUGAGCUCACUGCAGCUUUUUGUAUUUUGAGUAAUUGAUUUUUCCAGGAGAUUGUUUCUCUCGAUGUCUUGGAAUUCAUAACUUGGCUCCAGCUGUUAAUUUCGAUAUUAACAUUUUCGCUUCUUUGGGCGUCUGGAAGGACAAAUAAGGUGAAUUGAUUUUAGCCGAUCUGUCCAGAUGACCAUACUGUGUGGAUUUCAUAGGACGUGAUGGUUAAAUUCUACCAUGACGCAGGUAUUUGUAGGUGGGUGCGGUUGUGAAGGGCCCUGUGGCUCGUGGAGAUCUGGAAUCCUCUGACCUCAUUUACUACCCUUAGAAAGAAUCUCAGAGAUCUGAUCUCUCUUCCUUCCUUCACAAAAGGAUCUGGGACUUCUGUCCGUAAAGUGUUGUAGGUCAAAGCGGAUUAUUUUUAGAUGAUUGGGGUCCCUUUAUUACCAACACCAGAACGAGGCGAGCCGUGUUUUUUAUUUUUUAUUUUUUAUUUUUUUUUUUUUGUGGACCAGUAAUCCAAAUGAAACACCCCAGCUAUAAAACUAUAAGUGUGUGUUCCUUUAAACUAUGCUUGUGACAUAAUCACACAAAUAACUCCAUAAAAUGACAUAGAUGGUGUCUCUACAUCCACUUUCAGGCUGUAAUGACUUGAUCAGGUCUCUUCAAACGCUGACCUUGCACACAGCUGUUUUGAUCAGUUUGUCAAUUCCUCUAAAGUCGUCACCCGCAUGUGAUCGUUCCUGCUAAUCAGCUGAAUCUUGUGCGAACCAAUAGCACUGGUUGUACAGUUCUCCAGAAGUGCUGUGUAAUGUAACAAAUACAUCUUCUUGUCUGUCACUCAAAAUAACUUGAAUUAGGAAAGUAAUUGGGUGUAAGGACAGGGCUAUAAUCCCUGGUGGGUCAGUGGGGGUUCUGUAUUCAGUGGUCCCUAAUCACUUAUUCCAGUUCGGCACUUGAUGGGAAAUACAGAAGCUGCAGUCAAUCAUUCAGUGGGGGCCAGGAUUGCAAGGGAGAACUUUAAAGCAAUCUGCACCUCCCGUAUAUGCAGACCGCACACUCCCUGCCUGCAGCUUUGCAAGGGGUGUAUGCGGGGAGGACCUGGAUCACAAUAUCACGGCUAUGGGGCAAUAGGAAGAUUAAACCGUGCUUACAAGAUGUAGAUUGCAGAGGAUACCUGCACUCGAAGCUGCUCAUUAUAACUGCCCUUUACAGAUUUCCCCAGUUCUCUCUUUUGAUAUACAACACCCAAAUUCUCAAGGACCCAAUUGGAGAAACUGCUUGGGGCUGUUCCAGGAUAUUUCAGGGGAGUUCGUAACCGACAGUAAGAUGGCCUAUAUGCUGUAAGUUAAAGGAUAAAGAGGGGCUCUCCCUCCAAUGACGAACACAUCGUUCAGCCUCCAACUGUUUUGAAUUGUUGCCCAUUUUUAUAUCACAUUCUGGUUAUUUGGGGGGAGGUUGGAAUUCCUGGCCCGAAAUAGUGAAACGUGUAGGUCAAAUAGUUGUAUUAAAAGUAAAAUCUUUCCUUUUCUUUCUCUGUAAUAUUUCUCAAGAACAUACAAAGAUCGACCUUUCUGCUCACUAUAUUGAGAUGUUUUAAGAUGAUUCCUGCGGUGGUGGUGGUGGUACGGGGAGGGGGGGUGGUUUUUGUAAUCUUUACUGAUGAGUAAACUACCUCCCGGCUUUGAGACUCACUCACACUCUGUCAGUGGAAGCUUUAAUAUCUGCGUUUUCUUGAAAUGAGAGCAGGACGGUGUCCUCUCGCUGAUACAGGGCAGAGACCCAGCAGUAUGUUUGGUAAGUUUCACACCCCGUGACCCAACUCCCAGGCUGUCUGUGUACAUGGCGCUCUCAUUUUGGAAGACUAGGAGUGUGUAUCGGUUUGUGUUCUUGGAAUAGUAUUUCAUUCUGUAAAUGUGGGAAACUCUCUCUCUUCUUCCUGUGAUUGUGGAAUAGAAAUGCCACUUUCACUGUGACUUUGUAACACGCUGACCUUCGAAAUCUUCAUCUCAUACAGAGCAGACAGCACUAGAGACUGUUUGACGAGUUUCCUUCAAUCAAACAAAGUUCCUUAAUGUGGAGCGCGCACUGUGCUAUUACACAUCGUGGGAGAGACCGUGAGAUGUGAUGUCCUGGGAGACCUCUAUCUUGGCUCCCUUUCAAUCAUUAUAUAUUUAUUUAUUUAUUUAUUUUUUAAAUAAGCUCUGUCCUUUUUUAUAGGGAGAGAAUAUGGAGAGGAGGAGACAUGAAACAAAGGAGAAUAAUCACAAACACAUUUUAUAUUUUCUGUGAGAGUCACUUUUUAGAAUGAACCCUUUUUUUUUUUCUUAAGCGCCUCAAUGUUUCAUUAGCAUCGUAUGCCCUGGUUGUGCCUUGCCUGAACUGGGUUUUGAUGUCAUUUGCCAAAUAUUAAAAAAAUAUAAUGAAAAUCGCAGUUAAAGAAGGCAAAAAGUUUUAGGUACAAUUGACCUUCUUUUAGGCUGCUGGUUAAUACAAUGUAACCUUUGAAAUGCUUGUGUAACAACUUUAUUUUGGUUUAAGCAGUAAUAUUCUGUAAUUGGGUUUUCAUGUCUUAAGUUAUUUUAGGGCUGGAGUUGUGUGGUCAUGGGGAGAGGAAGCUGGUUACAUGUUUAGAGUGAGUGGUUAUGUCAGAUUGGCGGAGGGUGGUUUGCUAGCAGGGAGGGGAUAGGUGUGAGGGAUGGUUUGCUGGCUGGGAGGGGAUAGGUGUGAGGGAUGGUUUGCUGGCUGGGAGGGGAUGGGUGUGAGGGAUGGUUUGCUGGCAGGGAGGGGAUGGGUGUGAGGGAUGGUUUGCUAGCUGGGAGGGGAUGGGUGUGAGGGAUGGUUUGCUGUCUGGGAGGGGAUGGGUGUGAGGGAUGGUUUGCUGUCUGGGAGGGGAUGGGUGUGAGGGAUGGUUUGCUGUCUGGGAGGGAUGGGUGUGAGGGAUGGUUUGCUGGCUGGGAGGGGAUGGGUGUGAGGGAUGGUUUGCUGGCUGGGAGGGGAUGGGUGUGAGGGAUGGUUUGCUGGCUGGGAGGGGAUGGGUGUGAGGGAUGGUUUGCUAGCUGGGAGGGGAUGGGGCGGAGUUUGGUUUGCUAGCUGGGAGGGAUGGGGUGAGGGAUGGUUUGCUAGCUGGAGGGGAUGGGUGUGAGGGAUGGUUUGCUAGCUGGGAGGGGAUGGGUGUGAGGGAUGGUUUGCUAGCUGGGAGGGGAUGGGUGUGAGGGAUGGUUUGCUGGCUGGGAGGGAUUGGGAGGGUGGUUUGCUGGCUGGGAGGGAUGGGGUGUGAGGGAUGGUUUGCUGGCUGGGAGGGGAUGGGUGUGAGGGAUGGUUUGCUGGCUGGGAGGGGAUGGGUGUGAGGGAUGGUUUGCUGGCUGGGAGGGGAUGGGUGUGAGGGAUGGUUUGCUGGCUGGGAUUACGUAGGCGGUUCACGGAAACAUGGGGACAAGGAUAAUGAAAUCCAGAUGUUUUCUUUCUCCGUUUGGAAGCCUCCGGUGGGCUUGUUUGCUUUUUGGACUUUGUUGCUUAACAUUGUGUGGGGGGGGGGUGUUUGUUUAUUUUUUUUCCUCCCCCUCUUACAACCAGUGGGAACUAAAUUCUCUGUUUGCAUCCCAUUUCCUGCUGUUUUACGGCCUCCUCCUGCUAUCAGUAGGAGACCAUGCUUCUUUCCAGGUGGUAGGUUUAAAACCAAAACUGGUGUUCUUGAUGUCCUGAGUCACGGGAUAUAUUCAGCUUGCUGAAUUGUUUUGUUUUUCUUUGAUUAGCCGGCCCACAGAAGAGAGCACGAUUCCUUAGAUUUAAUUUCACUUCCAUUCUCAAAAAAUCUAGGACUUGGUCUAAUGCUUUUAUACACUUUGUUAUUCACAUGCUGGCAAGUGGUUGCCUAUCCCAUUGGGUCAGAUGUAUAUUUUUUUAACUCCCACUGUUCUCAACCAGAAUCUCACUGAGCAUGAUGGGAGUUGAAGUCUAGCAGGUGUGGGCAAGUUCCUACAUUCCCAACACGGGGACUUGUAUUAAUUUAUUGGGGGGGAAUAAACUGCUUAUUUGUCUUGUCUAUGCACACGGUCUGCCGAUUCUAUCCAGGUGUUGCGUAUUUGACCCCUCCAUCCCUAUUAAUUCAUGACUUUAUUCUCAUACCAUCAGACAUUGGGAGUUUAUAUGAUGAAUCUCACCAGGUGAAUGAAGAAAUGCCUGUCUCCGCCAUAGUGAAAUAUUGUAGAUGGAGGUCUGAGAUUGUUUUAGAUUGGCCGGCAUCCAGGGAAAACUAGUUGUUCGUUGCAGCGCCAUAUUUCGCCAUCACUGAAUUAAUGUCUUUACUAACAAAGGCCUGACCUGUUUUGGGUCCGUGGUACCCAGAUAUUGGUGUUUACGAAUUGUUAUAAACCGGUUUCUCCUGCACAAAGUAUCCUUUAUAUUGGUAAAUGUUUGGCUUUCAGCCUCUCUCUGGUAUAUUAGGUGGUAUGGGCAAACUGUUUUUGGUAAAUUGCCAUCAAUGACCUCAUUAAAACCAAUUAAAAAAAAUAAAAUAUAUUUUGACAGUUCUGAACAUUGUGCAAUAAUUGACAAUCUUAAGGUUUGGGCCACCUCAGACAGUGGGUUAAGUUGCACAUUUUUCUGCUGUGGAUUUUUGCCAGGAUGACGUGGUAGAAAAUCCCAUGUUUUUUCUUUUUCGUUCCUUUAGACCACUACCUCGCAUCAUCAGUCUCUUCUCCUGCUGUUACUGCCAUUCUGGUACUACGCGGUGGGGAAUUAAGUAUUUGUCCCCCUCUUCUCCCACCCACUCAUCUACCUGGGUCCUAAUCCCUGAAGGCUGUGUAUGCUCCGGUUGUCAUUCCAUCACCGGCACAAAGUGGACUUUUCAAGCUGUUCAGGUGCACCAAGAUUUUUGUGAAACGCUCUGCCCCGUAUCUGUCCUCUAGUGCAACAUGAACGAAUCUCUUCAAAUAAGGCAGUAAACGUCACAAUGCACAGAGAGCGUGCCAAGCUCCCAUUAUGGAAUAACAUUCCAUAGCCACAUGCCAAGGCUCUUUAUAAUGAAAGCAGUGUCAGCGUGCUGGCACCAACUCUGUGACAUGGACUUUAGAUAGAAUGUAUCUCCUGCUGUCCUGCUCAGAUAUUACAUGCACAUCUGCUUCCGAUACAGAUUCCUGCAUUUGCAAGCGUUUUGCCAAUUCCAUGCUUUCUGUGUUGGAAUAUGUGGAGUCCAAUGAGUGUCUUGAUUCACGAUACACACGUAUGUGAUGAGUUCCAUUAUGUUCUAGCUCGAUGGAAUGCAAUCUGGUUAUAAACCCAUUUGAGGUUGGUUUGGUUUUUUUUUUUUUUUUUUUAAACCAGGUUUAGAUCACUGGCUGAAUAUUUUCUUCAAUCCCUCUUCUGGUUAAUUGAUGUUAAAUGUUUAGUAACCAGCCUGUGAUGUGUGUGUUCUUUAUUUCAGACAUUUAGAGUUCUUUCUGUCUGAUUUCUAGUAAUGGAAGAUGUGCAUUUUCUAUGAGCAGUAAUUGUGGAAAUCUUGGUGGCUCAUUCUUUACACUCAGUGACUGAACAUUACUUAAACUGGCAACUUAGAGGGCUACCGGAGAAUCAUGUUGAUGUAGCAAAUCUAGGUUUAGUGCAUAAACCCCAUGAUAACCAAUUCUUAAUGACCAAAAUCUAAUUAUUUUAGCAUCAGCGAAUUCCUGGCUGUUAGAUGAUUUCCUUGACUCCGCAGAGCCGUCAGACUGGGACUCCAUGUGUGAUCUUUGUUUAUCUGGGAUUCCUUGAAGUGUUAUCAGGUGUAGAGAGGAGAUUGAUAGCGAGCUGGGGCCUACAGAUUGCUAUCUGGGUUAGCACGAUCGUGCACUUUAAUAAAAGCCGCCUGGUAGGAACUUUGUAGCAUUCGACUGAUUAUAUAAUGCCCAUUCUUGACUAUCUGUGAAGAUGUCCAAAUAUUGCAUGCCGGAGGGCACUGUGUACAGGUGCCCACUGUGAGUGCCAUGCAUGUGAUAAGACUCAAUGCCAACAUUUCGGGAUAAUGUUAAUGACACAAUACACCAAACACUACAUGUGAAGUGCUAACUGAAGCCCUCGGCAUGAUUUUUUUUUUUUUUUCUGAAUUCUGGGUGGUGUCCUUAAACAUUUGGGGGUGGGGGAGGUGCAGUUUGACCCCUGUGUGGGUGUUUUUUUUUUUUUUUGUUUUUUUUUUAAAUCAAGUGGAGCACCUGAUAUUUAAAGGGAUACUCUAGCGCAAGGAAUACAAAGCUGUAUUCUUGUACUGUUGCUCCCUCAUGCAUCUCCCCCACCCCGACACUCCCGCCCUGCCAAAAUAAGGGUUUAAAAACCCUUUUACUCACCUGGUGUCCCUUAGCGCUGGGUCGGAGCCAAGUCCAGUGCUGACCAAAAGUCUGUUAGCAACCAGGAAGUGCCUGUAGUGGCUGUCUGAUGGCCAUUUGAGGCUGUCUUAGUCUUGCAAUAUAAUUACAGUACUGUAGAUUCUCAAACAUGUUUGACAUUGUACCGAGACCACUUCAAUGAGAUUGACGUAGUCUGGGUGCCUGUAAAGUCCAUUUAAUGUAUUGUGGAUGUCGUUUCUCUACUAGUUGGGAUAUUUUUGUUUCCUCAUUACAGACCAUCUUGUCUUAGUCUAAGGGCGGGGAUUGCAGGAUCACAAACUGGUAUUUGAUUUUUCAAAUAUAUUUUUAUUUUUCUACUAUGCAGAUGUGAAGAAAGACUGGUCAGACCAUGCUUUGUGGUGGGAGAAGAAGAAAACUUGGCUUCUAAAGACCCAUUGGACGUUGGACAAGUAUGGAAUCCAAGCGGACGCAAGGCUUCAAUUUACCCCGCAGCACAAAGUUCUCAGACUGCAGCUUCCUAACAUGAAAUAUGUAAAAGUCAAGGUGAACUUCUCAGACAGAGUCUUCAAAGCCGUCUCCGACAUCUGCAAGACCUUCAGUAAGUAACCCUCCUUCUCCAUGAGGCCUAUCUGUUUGGGCCCUGUAUCGCUAGAUGAGUUUUAAUUUCCGUUUAAUUUGUGCUGUUAGGCUGUGGUUCCCACGCCAGUCCUCAUGGCACACCCGCAGUCUAGGAUUUCAACAUUUCCUAAUUUUCAGUGGGGGAAAUUCAUGGACUCCAGUCGGGCCUUGGGCAAAGAUUGAAACCACAUCUAUCCAAAGCUUCUGAUUGUACUUGAAAAGUUGAGAUUGAAGUUGUUUUUGUGUUGGUGCAAGAACUUUUUUUUUUUUUUUUUUUUAUCUGGUACAUUGAAAGGUCUGAAAGAAAGAGUCAGGACUUUCAUUAAGCUAUAAGAUAAUGACUGUCCUUCGGAAGUCGCUAUGCUGUGUUGCCACAUUUGGACAUGUUAAAAAUGACCGCAAUGUUGUGGGUGUUCUUUUGCUUUUAGUUUUUUGCGAGUCUGAACAUAUUACUCUUUGUUUAGACAUUUUGAUGGUCAAUUUAUGAAAGGAAAGAUUGAUUUCUAAAUCCAGGUUAAAAUAAUUUCUGUUCUAUUCAAGGGAUGUAGUGUGACCACGACUUUCUUCUUUCUAAGGGUCUCUUCUACGGGGGAUUGGGGUGGUAAUGAUGACUGGACACACACACCAUGAGAUCCAGGUUGAUGGAGAAGGAUGACAAAACUUUUUUUCUUUUUUUUUUAUGGAAGGGAUUAAUCUGAGAGUGAAACUGGGGAGAAAUCAGCCAGGAAUUCUGUGUUAGUGGGUAAAGGGGAGAGCGAGUUGAAAAUGGGCAGACGUGAAAGAGAAAAGCCAUAGCCUUGGGAAGUUGCAAACAGAAUAGGGAAGGAAGACUGUCUGGUGGUAGAUUGGGAAAUAAGUUGUGGAAGGAGAUGAACAUUGAGGUAGAGUGGUGUGAUGUUCGUUGGGCGAAUUACAUGUUGAUUGAUAGAGGUAGGUUGUAGUAGAGCGGAGGUAUUGCCUAGUGUGGUGGUCAGUGGCGUUAGCGGGGUGACGUAAUUGAAGAGGGAUAGAGCGGAGGGAUGGGUGGUGUGGUGGUCAGUGACGUGAGGUACUUGUAGUAGAGCGGAGGUGUAACGGAUCACCUGGCACCCUGAGUGGGUACCUUCCGUUGACUGAUGCUCUAAGCACUCCACUAGACCCCAUAACCACCACAGACCCCACGAACCGCCGCGGCUUGGUUGGGGUCUGUCCACCUUACACCCAUUCUGGACCCAAGACCAGGGACCAGCUUCUAGUGGGUAGAGCUCUCUUGUAAUCCAGAAAGCAGGAACAGGUACAGCUCUUACAAGAGCUAGUGAUUAUACUUUGGGGAGUAUAGUUAUUAUAGCAAUCCCCAGAGUGAGGUUCUCCAAUCCCCCAAACAUGAGCCAAGACUUCAUGAAGGGUAGAACAGGUCUGUUUAAUGCAAGCCAGCACUCACAAUUUAUACAAUUCCUCAGACCAGAGGCACACAAAUUAAUCAGAAUACAACAAUGUCCAACACUCCCAUAUACAGCACACAAGCCCUCCCCUCUGCCUGUGAUACAAUUAACAAAGACAAUGGGCUAACUAAAUUAACUCUGAGCAGAAAAAAACCCAUACAUUUUUACAAACCCCAAAAAGUACUACAAAAUACAACAUAUCCCCUGAUAGCCCCGAUCUGGGUGAACAACAUAUCCAAAAAUCGCCAAAUCGGUUCAGGGGUACAGGAAUUUCCAGAAAGUCUAAUUUUUGCCCCAGCGUGCACAUGGUCCCAUGCCCAAAACCGUUCCAUACACUCGACAACAACACACUGCUGGACAAUUUAAGAUGGCCGCCGCCACAGAUUUGAAUCUGUUCCAGUUAAAAGUCCAAGGGGCAGAAACAGUGCCUUUAAAAUCCAAUAUGCCCAAAUAGUGUUUUUAAAGGGCAAUAUAUCCCAGGGGCCAUAGUCACAGGACAAGAGGCUGGCAAGCAGGCCUCUCCAAAUCCCAGUGACGAAGGUGCUUUCGUCACAGGAGGGAUAGAUGGUGUGGUGGUCAGUGACAUUCACUGGGCGAGGUACUUGUAGAGUACCAGACAGUCUUCCUUCCCUAUUCUGUUUGCAAGGCCAGUUUCUCUCCAAGGUUACAGGUUUUCUUUUACGUCUGCCCAUUUUCCACUCGCUCUCCCCUUUACCCACUAACACAGAAUCCCUGGCUGAUUCCUCCCUAAUUUCACUUUCUCAGAUGAAUCCCUUCCAUUUUAAAAGUUUCUUCAUCCUUCUCCAUCAACCUGGAUCUCAUGGUGUGUGUCCUCUGUGCAUGUCCGGUAUAUUGAUCUGGGGAGGUUGGCACUAUUAAAGGGAAAGUUCAUUAUGUUUAAAGUCUGUGAGCUAAUCAAUGGCUGCCUAAUGAGCUGCUUUCAAUACGGCUAAUUGUCUGGAAGUGUCCUGUGAUAUAGUAGUCACUUUGUUUUGGUUCCUCAGACUCCACUUUGAGAGGACAGUAUGAAUGCCAGAAGGACAAUUGUGGAUUGUUGGCCACAAUACCCGCUCUGUGAACGGGUUUUACUUUGUAAUCUGGGGAACAGUGAGCUGCUUAUCUUUACUUUCAUUUUAUAGUUUAUUUUAACACCGCUUUUUUAUUUUUAUUUUUAUUUUUUUUAAGCUACAGUGUUUACCCAUUAUAAAGCAUUCAUUUUUUUUUUUUUUUUUUUUUUUUUUUUUUUUUUUUUUUUUUUUUUUUUUUUUUUUUUUUUUGCGUGUCGUUGCAAUACAUUCUGGUGGGAAUAGCUGUAUAGCAUAGUACAUACAUGGCACAAUCGAGUAUAAAAAUACAUUGUGUAGUGCGGUUCGUACCUUAUUGUCUACAUUGUAACAAGCUGAAAUGUACUGUUAUUGAUGACACUUUUUGACAUUGUCACAUUAUCACAUUAAACCAUUAACCAGUUAACUGCGCUGAGCAGCGGGGGCCCCGGCCCGACGCCUCGUUGAUUUUGUCGCUUUCCGCUUGUGGUGAAUGGCGUCGACACGAGGCCCCAGCCCCCCGACAGCAUGAGAGAAAAGAGAGUAGUGGAUAGGGGGGUGGGGGGAAGGGGGAGGUCAGAGACCGGAGUUUCGCCCAGAUCACGCCCAGGGUCGACCAGGGGCAGCGCUGCCCUCUGCCCCGCUCUAGUUUCAUUCGUCUCUAUGCGUGGCCUUCCAGGGUUCCCACACCCUUUCAUAUGCUUUCAUGGUGCCUCUCACCAGUGCCGUGAGAUGGUCCAUGGCUUGGAUGUCUCUUAUUUUGUGUUUCACCAUACAGAUCUGUGGGAUGUCGGGUUUAAGCCAUGCCUGUGCCAUAGUGAGCCUAGCUGCCAGGGUGAUUUUACGUAGGAGUUUUUGCUCCCAUCCUGUCCAGUCUUCCAUUGGUCUGGAUAACAGGCACACCCAUGGGUCUAUGCCUACCCUCCUCUGGAACACUCUGUCUAGUAGAUUCCCCACUUCCCUCCAGAAGGCCUGCGCCUUCGGGCAGUCCCACCACAUGUGCUUAUACGUUCCUUUGUGUCCGCAGCCCCUCCAGCACAGGCCAUCUGGGGUUUUGUGCAUGUGGUGUAGCUUCACUGGGGUAGUAUACCAUCUAAACAUGGUUUUGUAUGCCUGUUCCUGUUGUGUAACACAUAUUAAGGUGGUCUUAUUUGCCUCCCAUAUGUCUCUCCAGUCUGUGCCCUCCAGGACCUCUUCCAGAUCUGAUUCCCACUGGGUCGUGUAAUGUGGAGCCCCCCAGUCAGUGUUAUUGGAGCUAAGGUGUGCAUAAAGUGAUGAAACUAGCCCUUUCGGGGGGUUUUCUUUUAGGCACAUUUUCUCGAAGCCUGUGGGUGUAGUCUGCGCUACAGCUUUUGCUAGGUUGUGUUGUGCAAAAUCCCUGAUCUGGAUGUAUCGAAAGAAGUCUGAGGGUGUUAGCCUGGUCUUUGCUGCCAGGGCUUCAAACAUUAGUAGCUGGUCGCCCGCUGUAGGCCCGCCCUCUCUCUAUAGUCUUAAAGUCUCUGGUAUAAAGCAUUCUUAAAUGUUAAAGAUUUCCGAUUCUUUUUCUUGCAAAUUUCCCUGCAUUCUAGUGACUUCCUGUUCAAGACCUUCAAAUCGAGAUUACAUUCCUCCAUUUUACUGUUUUGGGGGGUUUUUUUUAAAUGAGAAAACAGCUGAUUAAGAUGAGAUCCUUGUGACAUGGUACUUUAUUUUUAUUUUAUUUUUUUUCUGGAUGGUAAUCCUUCAUAAACUCCAGAAAUGCAGCAUGCCCGCCAUCUACCCUGGGCCCAAUUUUUAGCACCAUCACAAGUUCCACUUAAUGCAGCUCUUCUGGUGUCUGGAGUCUGCCAUCUUCCACAUUCCUAGACCAUUUUUAAAAAAAAAAAAAAAUCUUUAAAUCCUGGUCUCUCCCCCAAAGCUAGGUGACUCUGCAGCCUGCGGACAGUGUGACAUGUUCGUUCUCACAUUGUAUCUAAAUAACAUGAUUGGCUGCAAGCACAGGGGCCGCUUAUCCCAGAACGCACAGCCGAGCACUAAUGUCUAGUAAUGCUGAAGGAACGUUUCCGAAUUAUUGUGUUGUGUGGGCUUUGGGUGCCAGGAAAUGUUGGUGUGAAGCAGCUUUAACAAAAUCUGAGCAGAAAUUCCAGUUACCAGAAGCACUAAAACGUGAUGUAAAGGAGCGAUGAGCUGCAGUUCUAAUGGUGGAGACACCAUCCCUUUCCAGUGGUGCAGGGGGUCCUUCUUGUCGCUGAAGUUUCUUUGAGAGUUUUACAAUUUUUCAGGGUUUGAAAUUGCCUCUCUCCAUUGGCAAUUGAAUAUUCAGCCCAUGUGAGUGCGAUCCUCCAGUCUUGCCGUGACUAGUAACAUUUAAGACUUGGCUAGUUGUUGGCUAACAGAUUUUAAGCCCUGAUUGUUCCAUAUUGUACCAGUGGCAGACUGUUUAUCGUGAUUACUUUGAUCUUGAGAACAUGCCCCCAUUCAAUCUAAAGUCUUUUAAGAGAUCUAUGGCAAUAUACCUCAAUACAGAAUGCACCUGUCAUGGUUGAAUAUAUUUAUUACCCAUUAUGUGUUAAAUUUGUGUGUGUGUGUGUGUGUGUGUGUGUGUGUGUGUGUUGUUUGUAUAUUGUAUUUUUUUUUUUGUAAUCGUGUAACAAUGCAAUGUUUUGUGGACCCAGGACAUACUAGAGAAUGAGAGCAAUUUCAAUGUAACCUUCCUGGUAAAAUAUUUUAUAAAUACAUUUUUUGACACCCUCUCCCCCUAUGCCAUUGGGGAUGCUCCCAUUUCUUGCUGUUGAAGCCCCUUGGGUAUUCUCCCGUACGGGAUUUCUGCUGAUUCUGUCCGUAAUCUGUUACUGAGUCACUUGGCCUUGUUUCCUGACAGUCAGUCUCUCGUGGAUGGCUUCCUCUAAUAUCAGAAUUAGCAGAGUGAUUAAAGCUAUCUUAGAUGGAUUGAUCCAUGGGUAUGCAAGAUGUUCCGGAUUAUUCUAGUGAUGCACUUCAGUUGGUGUUGGGAAAUUGCCAGAAGUGAAUCUAAACCCGGUUAGCACUAAAUUAAUUCAAAUCUAGCAUUACGUAGUGGGGUAUUUCAAUUGGUUAAUACCCCAGCUUCGGAACUGGUUUAUUAGAUUUGUAUUCAGUGUGACUGGCAGGAUUACCCUAGUGUUUGUCACGUGAGCCGCAAUUGGUUAACACAAGGCUGAAUGAUGGCGUCUGCAUCGCAUGCUGAUUUAGAAUUCCUACCGUUUGCAGGUCCUUCAACGGUCUUGUCUGUGACCCAUGGUGAUCGCUGACCUGAAACCACCAAAUACAUGUUAUAUUCUUUUUAUAACUUGGUAAUAACUGGUUUUAUCAUUUCUAGCUUGUUUUGGCCAGUUAUGUGAUGGGCAAUACAUUACAAAACUUAAAGACUUUGUGUCUGUAAUUGUCUUGACAUGCGUGCAUAAAAGGUGACUUUAAAAAAUAAAAUAGAAAACCCCUGAUUAUUGGAUGUUUAUAUACUCUCAGCUGUGCUAAAUACACUGUACGUUUACCAAUUCCAUAAGAGAAGCCGAUCUAACUUGUUACCGGAUGGAUCAGAAAGUGGUGGUACACGUUUGGGUAGGUAGCUAUGUAGCUUAUAUGUAGGCGUUGGAAACUUUGGCUGUGGUGUGCAAUGUAUUAUCCAAAGUACGCCUGGACUCAGACUGAUGGAUCUUCUCUGUAAUACGUAAAUGUGAUCCACGUUUUCAUUAACUUUCAUCAUCCGGUUUGUUGUGCCUCCUUUGGCCCUGGAAAGGUUAGGUACAUGGUAGGAAGACCGGUCACUUAUCUCUUAUUCUGAUAAAUCAUUGAAUGGUUUACUAGCUUGUAACUGUUAUCUUUGUAUCUACUUGAGAUCCUAAAACUCCACCCUUGGCAUUCCCAUCUCGACUCUAGCUCUGAGUCUAUUCUAAUCCAGCCUCCCCAUCUCUGCCCUAGCUCUGAGUCUAUUCUAAUCCAGCCUCCCCAUCUCUGCCCUAGCUCUGAGUCUAUUCUAAUCCAGCCUCCCCAUCUCUGCCCUAGCUCUGAGUCUAUUCUAAUCCAGCCUCCCCAUCUCUGCCCUAGCUCUGAGUCUAUUCUAAUCCAGCCUCCCCAGCUCUGCCCUAGAUCGGAGUCUAUUUUAAUCCAGCUCUGGGUAACUUUGCUCUCAGCAUGUACAAUACGAUGAAAGGAAAUUCCAUAUUGACUUCCUUAUCACCGCUUUAUGUAACAAGCAAGCUUUCUAAAACUACUUUUCUUUAAUAUAACGUUAAAAUGGGGGAGAGGGGUGAAAAACAUAAGAUGGUAAUUGGUGUGGCGGGGGGGAAUUGUUCUGGUUUUCCUGAUUUCAGUAAAUGCGAUCUGUUUCCCCUAGAAUCUCCCAUGUGGUGAAAAGAGGGCUCAGUCGGUUAGUACACAAACUGUAGAAUUGUCAGCUCCGCUUUUUGUUACCCGCAAGGCUUGUGAAAGUUAAAUCCACUAAUCUGCUGGCAGAAGGUUUUGUGUCGUCCCUAAUAAUGUGCCAUAAAUUGGUUUACCCAGAGUCUCUCUGUGAUCCACCUUAUUCCGUUAAAACCUUCUUACUGAGUGCUUAUUAGAAGCCAGCGAUGCCUUCGUGUUAAAGUUCAGAAUGUGGUGUUUUUAAAAUCGAUUCCACUCUUCUCUGACUCCAGCAGGCACCGAGCCUCGUGCGGUCUGUAUGUCCCAAGGCCUGAAUACCUCCUCCUCUGUCAAGUAUUGCACAAGCGUUUGUAAAUCCACUUUCCCCAUAAAAGGAGGUGAAAUGUUUUCUCUAUUUGUAAUGUUUGUUGUUUCUAGACUUUGGAAAAUGGAAAGUUACUGCCAGUUUAAAUACACAACCUCUUAAUACUUGUCCAUUGACCUCACACCGGCGAUAUUUUCUUUAUAUAGUCUUUGGUUUGUCAGAGGUGGAAAGCGUCAAAAAAAAUCCCCCUCCCCCAACUGUCACUGAAAACCAUUAAAUAAUCCAACCUCCUGCUAGGAAAAAUGUCUGUCUGUUGUAAGAGUGUCUUCUAAACUACAUAGAAUUCUCCUCUCACACAGUUACUGCAUGAACGAAGACUGUAGUAGGGCGGUGAGUGGGUCGGCAUCUCUUCUUCCUGAUUAAUUAUGUUAAUGCCAGUAUUGAAAUUCAUGUGUCGGCAUGGUCACAUGAAACUAGCUUUGUGAGACGGCUAUUACUACAUGUCAGGGUUCUUACCGGAGAUGGGAGUCUGUAGCGUAAAUAGUUUGCAAUGGUGAGCAGAUACAGUCCAAGGUGACCAGAUAAGACACCUGGACUGUGCAGGAAAGGUGAUUCCAAGGCAGUACCGACAAGGACUCAAAGUGACACGUGAAGAAAGAGACCGGAGGAGAAGACCGGGCCUGUUUCUACUGUGGAGAAAGAGGGCAUUUUAGCACACUUUGCCCUGUUCGUCCUCCAACGCCUCCUGCUCUUCGACUGGAUACUGCCUUUCUACGUCCUAUAAGAAGCCGUCAUGUUUUGCCUCCAUGAGAAAACCUCCGUCUCAUGCUCUAGUAGCCUGCAUCUGCUCCUUAAGUUACUUCCAGUAAAACAUCACUACCUCCUGCCAUCCCAAAGAUCUACCUUCGGAACGCCACCUGUGACACUGUUAUCGAGGGAUAUGACGAAAUUGGGGACUGGGCAGCCAGCGGCAGAUGAGAUUCAAAAACUCCUUUUUAAGGGUUAGCCACGUAUGCUCUUUCACUCUUUAUAAAUGUGCAGAUUUUCAAGACAAAGGCAAUAUGUGUGCAAUAUAAAUAAAGUCCUACGUAGUUCAUCUUUGCCAUAAAAGGCUUCCUCUUGGUACUUUUGCAUGAAAGCCUCAAUCAAAAUUUAUGAAACCCUCUUGCCCAUUGUCCAUUUAAAGCGAUUUGUAUUUAUGCAAAAUUAAUAAAACCUUUUUGUUUUAUUACUCCCCAGAUAUCAGACAUCCAGAGGAACUUUCACUUCUUCGAAAACCAAGAGAUCCCUCUAAGAAGAGAAAGAAAAAGAUUGAAGAACAAUGUGAAGAUAACAUUCUCGAACUUGAGGGGCCUUUACUGACCCCCGGUUCUGGUGAGUACAUCAUCUGACUAGUUUGUGGAGAGACUAGGACCUCAUAUGGGCCACUCUUAAUCAUGGCUGACCCCAGAUAAUUUGUGGCCUUGAUUUGGGUGAACUUCCAGCAGGUUUAGUGUGCCAGGUCCAACCGUUCAUCAUACCAUGUGCGUGGUUUCAUAGACACUAUGGUGGAACAGAUCAUUUUGUGUUCUGGAACACUGACCUUGUCCUGUGUACCCCCUGAGGCACUCUAUACUUUGUUACUGUUCCGAUGUUCUGUCCUGUCUUCUCACUGUCCUCUGCGGUUUUACUUUCAUUCUUUCCUAUCUUCUCCAGGCACUGAGGUUCUUUAUAUUGGGCCGGUGAAAGGUGAGUUCAGGGUUCCUUCUGAUCUGCUGUACUUUUACUGUCUGUUUCAAGCCUGUGUUUUUGGUUUUACAUUUUACUUUGGUGACACUGUCGCAUGCAGAAACUGUCUUGUCAUGGAUUGUGCUCUGUGACAAGUGACUCUUGUCAAGAAUAAAAUGUGUGGUUUGUCUUUCUUUCCUAAAUUAGGAAGUAUAUAUUCCAGUCCUGGCUUGUACAGUAAAACCAUGACUCCCACAUACGACGCGCGUGACGGAAGUCCCCUUUCCCCAACGUCUGCUUGGUUUGGAGACAGUGCCUUGUCUGAAGGAAAUCCCGGCAUACUUGCCGUCAGCCAACCGAUCACCUCUCCUGACAUUUUGGCCAAACUCUACAAGCCUCAGUCCCUUCUUGACAAAGCAAAAAUAAACCAAGGGUACCUUUACAUUUUAUUAUUUGUUUGUUCUAGUCCCACCUACAACUUGACAAUCUAUUUCGAGACGUGCGUUAAACUUGUUGUGGAGGGAUUAACAACAACCUGUUUUGCAGAUGGCUGGAUUCCUCAAGAUCAUUAAUGGAACAGGAUGUUAAGGAAAAUGAAGCCUUACUACUUCGAUUUAAGUACUACAGCUUUUUUGACUUGAAUCCAAAGGUAAAGUACAUCUCCUUAUGACUUGCCUCUCAUCCAUUCUUGGGGGGAGGGUGUAACUGUAUUAUAGGGGAGUGAGGGCUGCCUACGUGGUAACUGGUGUCGUGUUUUGUUUUGUCUCAGUACGACGCCAUCCGGAUCAACCAGUUAUACGAACAAGCCAAAUGGGCGAUCCUACUGGAGGAGAUAGACUGCACAGAGGAGGAGAUGAUGAUGUUUGCAGCGCUGCAGGUAUAGCGCAGGGAGUGGGGAGAUGUUUAAUAUUUUUAUUUUCUGAUACUAUAACAUAGUCUGUUUCCUCCUGUAAUUGGAGGAUUAUCUGACGUCCGCACAGAGACAGCUGUUGAAAUUUUGGCAAAGUUUGUUCUCCACAUCUGUAUGUAAUCCGCAGCGGUUGGAUUCCCCGACUUUCCUGAAAUGUGUGCCUGCCGGUUACGGUGCGGGCAGGAUCAUGCUUUGACAGAGAAUGCAAUGCCUUUAUCACCAGCUGCCGAGAUUUGUGUUUACAGGAGCUUCUCGCUAGGCGGCUUGCUCGCUCGCAGGUUCUCUCUCAUCAAAUUCAUCAGGAAUUGGGUUUCACCCUAAAAAACUUUGUAAAGUAAUAAAGUGAGCAGGAUAUUGCUUUGCUGCAGAGUGAUUUGGAUAGAUUGGGGUGCUGAGCACUCAAAUGGCAGAAGAAGUUUAAUGUUGAAAAAUGCAAAGUUAUGCACUUUGGUGUAAAGAAUGGACAAGCAACUUACACCCUAAAUGGUAGUGAAUGAGGGAUAACCACACACGAGAAGGAUUUGGGAAUUGUUAUAGACAACAAACUAUGCAACAAUGUGCAAUGUCAAUCUGCAGUUGCUAAGGCCAGUAAGGUUUUGUCAUGUAUAAAUAGGGGCAUAAAUUCUCGGACUGAAAAUAUAAUUUUGCCUCUUUAUAAAUCGCUGGUAAAACCACACCUUGAAUAUGCUGUGUAAUUUUGGGCGCAUGUUCUAAAGAAAGAUACAUCAUGGCACUAGAAAAAGUCCAGAGACGAGCUAAAAAAUUGAUAAAAGGAAUGGAGCAUUUUAGUUAUGAAGAAAGGCUAAAAAAAUGUAAAUCUCUCUAUUUUGGGAAAAAUUGUGCCUGAGAGGGGAUAUGAUAACUUUAUACAAAUAUAUUUGGGGCCAGUACAAACCUUUAUCUGGAAAUCUAUUCAUAAACCGGGCUAUACAUAGGACACGAGGUCACACAUUUAGGCUGGAAGAAAGGAGAUUUCAUCUAAGGCAAAGAAAAGGUGGUUUUUUUUUGUUUUGUUUUUUUACAGUAAGCGCAAUAGAGAUAUAUAAAAAUGGAUAAAAUAUUUCUCCUUUUAGGAUUAGUUUAGGGUGUAACCCUGAACUCUAUCAUGGUUGUGUAUAAGUGGGCACAUGCGGGUGUUUGGGAUGACAAACUGGGUGGGUUUGAGUAGACUUAUGAAUCGGAAUACAAAGUCUCACAUGUUCCAAUAGCAAGUAGUGGUGUCUGGGAAUGUAAGCCGGUCAUCGCUGUUAACCAUACAGCUGACUCACUGGGUUUCAUUAACGAUCCCCUCCACUGUGCGAAAUGUGAUCCUGGAGAUGAAUCAGCCUGCCGCCAUUUCACAUACUCCAGGUUUCUUCAUAGGCUGCGGAGUUGAACCGUAACAAGAUAAACAAGGACUUUCUUGCAGACACCACACAGCUGGCCGCCUUUAAAAACCCCAAACCGUUUGACGAGUUAAUAUUUUGCAUAUUCUUUCCAGAACAGCGUUUUACAGUAUUUCCAAAAUGUGAACUCUAGGCAAUAACCCUUCAGUCACAACAUUUCGAAGUACAAUUUUAUAUUUUUGUUGGAUUUGUUUUUUUUGCCUGUAUGCCAACUCUAUUACUCUGCACCAUAGACAAUGUUGGUGCCAUAUAAACAUUUAGAAGACUCUAAUCAUGUGCUAAAUGAUGGGUUGGCACAGUCACUGCUCGGUCCACCUGUAUCUAGUAACUAGCUGGAUGUCUCAUUGGCUCAGCCUGACGUUCAAGGUUACAAUUCGCGUUCGUUACGUUAGAAGGCAAACUAAGGUUUUUGAAUCGCAAACUGCAUGGUGCGUGAUGCAAUCGGUGCAGUUUUUCAUAAUGUGUGGUUUAAGGGUGUCUGCAUUACUGGGGCCAGUAAUCUGUGAUUAGUGGGGGUUAUAAUCUUGCAUAUAUGGAGCCAUUCUGAGCCUGUGUCUGCAGAUAACCCGGUUUCUUCCAGGACUUUGUAGUUCUGGCCAAUGGCUGGCUGAGAGUUUUGUGAAAUGUAGUCGAAGAGCUCUCUGCCAAUGGUUGGACUCUGCUGGUCAAAUCUCUUUUCAGAGCAGCCAUGACUUCCAGUUUAUAGAUCACUGUUUCAGCAAAGAGGACAUAGUCUUAAAUUAGAGGGGCAAAGGUUUAAAAAUAAUAUCAGGAAGUAUUACUUUACUGAGAGGGUAGUGGAUGCAUGGAAUAGCCUUCCAGCUGAAGUGGUAGAGGUUAACACAGUAAAGGAGUUUAAGCAUGCGUGGGAUAGGCAUAAGGCUAUCCUAACUAUAAGAUAAGGCUAGAGACUAAUGAAAGUAUUUAGAAAAUUGGGCAGACUAGAUGGGCCGAAUGGUUCUUAUCUGCCGUCACAUUCUAUGUUUCUAUGUAAAUUCUUUAUUUUCAACCUAGAAUUAAUUGUAAAUAUAUAAAAAUCCAAAUAAUUUAAGGUGUAAUCCCUGUGAUGUCUGUCACAUUGCUUUCUGUGCUGUUUGCGUUACUCUGCUGGGGAUUUGAUGCAAAUGUCUUUGGGUAGAUGGUGGAUAAGCGGUGGGAUUCACAAAUCUCCUGUAACUGGUGGAGGGUCUCUCUAGCUGAGAAAGCACUGGGCCGGGGGAGGCCAAAGCACCAGGAAAACGUUGUUCGUUAAUGAAAUACUCUUCAUAUUACAUGGGGGAGAAAGAGAGGAGGGUGGGUGUUGCUGUUACACUCCCUCACACUCUUGUGCCUCUGUGUCUGAUUAAGAUCUUUAAAGACCCAGUAAUAAGUAAAUUUCGACCCUUUUCGCACAUGACCAGCAUCUCCUGCUGCAGCUCACAUUGCGCCAACCUGACCAUUUAUUUUGUGAUGUAAAAAGAGUCUCCACUGCAUCCCAAAGAAAAUGUUGUCUCCUGAUGGGUUGUGUGACUUUACCUGGUGAUAAUUGUAACUUGGGAGAUCAGCUGACUGGUGUGCACCCCGAACCCCCAAAUCCGUAAUCCUGGUUCUUCACUCUGAAAGUGCCCGUUGGCAGUGAAGAGUUACAAUUUCCGGGCUCUCUAAUCUCGUUGCUGAGUAGCGGUGAUGGUUUUUUGUGUUUACUGACCAUUAAAAAGGGGCAUCUGCUAUUGUGUGGGUUUACCUCCACAUCGAUUGGGGUGGUGGAGGGGGGAGGUGUACCUCCACAUCGAUGGGGGGUGUAACUUUUCAAAAAAAAAAAAAAAAAAUUACAAAUGUAGGACUUGUUUUAAGUUUUAACGUUAAAUUUUAUAUAUAUAUAUAUAUAUAUAAAAAAAAAUUUUUUCUUUCAUCACUUUGUUUAGUAUCAUAUAAACAAACUUUCUAUGAUGUCAACUGAAAAUCACUACAAUAACAGCGACAAAGAGGUAGAUGAGGUCGAUGCUGCACUCUCUGAUCUGGAGAUCACUUUGGAAGGAGGGAAAACCUCCACUAUUCUGGUGAGCGCCUUCUAAACAUUUCUUUGUGUCUCUAUGUGCUACUUGUCUCCUGUCUUUGUGGCUCUGUGUGUGUGUGCUGCUUGUCUCCGUGCUUCUUGUCUCCUGUCUCUUUGUGGCUCUGUGUGUGUGUGCUUCUUGUCUCCUGUCUCUUUGUGGCUCUGUGUGUGUGUGUGCUUCUUGUCUCCUGUCUCUUUGUGGCUCUGUGUGUGUGUGUUUCGCGUCUCCUGUACAUAUUUUUUAUUUUUUUUUCUAAAAAUUCUUUUGAAAAAUAGGGUAAUUAAGAUGUAUUUGUGUAAAUCUAUGUACUACGGACACUAGAAAACUGGCAUUAUAAUCUGUUACCGUUCAGUUGAGCAAGGAGUACUGUAUGGUACAGAGGAAGGAGGGUGCUGUGAUGUCAUAGUGAUGUCGGAGAACAGGAUAAUGGGGGUAAUAACUGUUAACUGUUGGGGCAAGUAAAUGGAUCCUAAAAGGUGCAGGGCUCUAAACCACUCACUAAAAUGUUUUUUUGCAUUUUAAAAUGUGAAUAUUUGGCUGUAAUUUGCCGCCUCUUCCCUGGGUGCCGGGGCUGUUUGGUGGCACGGCACUCUGUAUGAUAAUACAGCCUGGAUAUAGUGAUUUAAGCUUCUCACAACCUGUCUGAAUGUUCUGUAUUUUUACAAAAUUGACAAGUGACUUCAGCUUCUCUAAAAUGUUUGUUCUUUACAUGUUUUGUUUUAGGGGGACAUUACCUCUAUUCCAGAACUUACCGACUACUUAAAGGUCUUCAAGUAAGUAAAUUCUUUAGCUGCACCCCACUUUCAACCCCUCCCACCCCCUCCCUCAAAUCACUGCUUAAUGAUUGUAUGUCGUGCCCAGCCAUGAGUUACCUCCCUAAUUCCUUUCUAAACCCUGUAAAAGGGCCACUAUCCAUGAAUGGCUCCAUUCUGUAGUGUUUCUCCAUGUAGUGAGAUAAAACCAUCCCAGGUGUUCCAUAGACUUGCCUGUUAGUAUUGUGGUUGAAUACAAAACGCCAGUAAAUACACACAGGAAUCGGGACGUAUGAACACAGUGAAAAGGAUGUAUGUUCUGUAUAAUGCCUCCGUGCUGUCUCUCUGGCUGUCGGUAUGUUCUGUAUAAUGCCUCCGUGCUGUCUCUCUGGCUGUCGGUAUGUUCUGUAUAAUGCCUCCGUGCUGUCUCUCUGGCUGUCGGUAUGUUCUGUAUAAUGCCUCCGUGCUGUCUCUCUGGCUGUCGGUAUGUUCUGUAUAAUGCCUCCGUGCUGUCUCUCUGGCUGUCGGUAUGUUCUGUAUAAUGCCUCCGUGCUGUCUCUCUGGCUGUCGGUAUGUUCUGUAUAAUGCCUCCGUGCUGUCUCUCUGGCUGUCGGUAUGUUCUGUAUAAUGCCUCCGUGCUGUCUCUCUGGCUGUCGGUAUGUUCUGUAUAAUGCCUCCGUGCUGUCUCUCUGGCUGUCGGUAUGUUCUGUAUAAUGCCUCCGUGCUGUCUCUCUGGCUGUCGGUAUGUUCUGUAUAAUGCCUCCGUGCUGUCUCUCUGGCUGUCGGUAUGUUCUGUAUAAUGCCUCCGUGCUGUCUCUCUGGCUGUCGGUAUGUUCUGUAUAAUGCCUCCGUGCUGUCUCUCUGGCUGUCGGUAUGUUCUGUAUAAUGCCUCCGUGCUGUCUCUCUGGCUGUCGGUAUGUUCUGUAUAAUGCCUCCGUGCUGUCUCUCUCUGGCUGUCGGUAUGUUCUGUAUAAUGCCUCCGUGCUGUCUCUCUCUGGCUGUCGGUAUGUUCUGUAUAAUGCCUCCGUGCUGUCUCUCUCUGGCUGUCGGUAUGUUCUGUAUAAUGCCUCCGUGCUGUCUCUCUCUGGCUGUCGGUAUGUUCUGUAUAAUGCCUCCGUGCUGUCUCUCUCUGGCUGUCGGUAUGUUCUGUAUAAUGCCUCCGUGCUGUCUCUCUGGCUGUCGGUAUGUUCUGUAUAAUGCUUCCGUGCUGUCUCUCUAGCUGUCGGUAUGUUCUGUAUAAUGCCUCCGUGCUGUCUCUCUGGCUGUCGGUAUGUUCUGUAUAAUGCCACAGUUUCUGGGUGUCGGGUGCCUUUUAAGCAAAUAUAGUUUGUGAAAUUGAACCUAUAACCGUGGGAGGAACUCGCCGGAGGAUUGCUUUUCUGCCAACGUCCUAGUUUGUGUUUGUAUUCAGUGGUCGUUGGCUCAGAAUCUGUUUUCCUCCACGGAGCUAUUUUUAUUCUGACAUCAUUCCAAGACGGAGGAAGAAGUCACUUUGACAACAAUAAUACGGGCUCUGUUGAUGGCUGUCGUGCCAUCUGCCCACUAUCUAUGGCUUUUAAAUGGCUGGUCAGUCUGACGUGCUGAAUAUUUCUCCAGGAAUAUCUCCACAAUGUUAAAUAUAUUCAGUUUAUAUACUGUUUAGCUCUUAAAAUUGGCACGUAGCCAAGGCACUGUAUUACCCACAAUAUACUUGGUGGCCACUGCAAUCUUCAGAAGAUUUGUUACACCCCGUAUAGUCUCCAGGCGUGCUGCUUGGCAUUUACAUGUUCCACACGGUCGUUUGAUCUGUGACAUGACUUGGUAAAGGAUCAUGGGAAGGGGUGAUUAGUAUGAAAUGCCAGGCGUUGGGUAUUGAGCUCUAUGUAAAAUGAAUCCACAGAGUAAUGGCUGCUAACAGUGGCUGUGACGGCCAAUCCAUCGGUUUCUGCUUGUGGUUGUGUGUUGAUGUAGCAUUUCCUGUGUGUCGUGUUGCUGAUGCAGCUGCUGAAACGGUAAAUGAAUGUAUUCAACUUGGUGGCGCUGAUGGGGUUAACCCAGCUGGGUUCUUAAACCUAGAGCUAAAACGUUCCUUCGUCUUCGUUUAACAUCCGGCUUCUGCAAUCUUCUCACAGCUGUCUGCAGAGUAAACGCUUUUUGUUCCUUAUAGUGCUGGUCCUAUACAGUCUGACUUAUGGUCUAAAUAUUCCCAAUUGGUUUUCUGUCCACUCUACUCUUUCCCCCACCCCCCUCUCUUUUCUCUCUCUCCAGCCUUUUCUUUUCUCGCUCUCCCCCCUUCCUAUUCUUUUUCUCGCUCUCCCCCCUUCCUAUUCUUUUUCUCGCUCUCCCCCCUUCCUAUUCUUUUUCUCGCUCUCCCCCCUUCCUAUUCUUUUUCUCGCUCUCCCCCCUUCCUAUUCUUUUUCUCGCUCUCCCCCCUUCCUAUUCUUUUUCUCGCUCUCCCCCCUUCCUAUUCUUUUUCUCGCUCUCCCAACUUCCUAUUCUUUUCUGAAGCUCUCCCCUUCCUAUUUUUCUCUCUUUCCCCUACCCUCCUUCGCUUUCUUUUCUCUCUUUCCCCUCCUUCCACCUUCCUUUUCUUUUCUCUUCCCCCUCCUUCCUUCCUUUUCUUUUCUCUCCCCUCCCUUCCUUCCUUUUCUUUCCCCCCUCCUUCCUUUUCUCUUUCCCCCCUCCCUUCCUUUUCUUUUCUCUUUCCCCCCUCUCCCUACUUUAAAAAUAUCAAUAUAGAUUUACUGGUACUAAAAAUUUAUUUAUUUAGGUUUCCUUAUCUUUUCCAUGAGAGGUGAAAAUCUUCUUCAAUGUCUGUGCAUCCCCUUCCCCUCUUAUUUGACUGUAGGCCAAAGAAGCUCACUCUGAAAGGAUACAAACCGUAUUGGUGUACCUUUAAAGACACCUCCAUCUCCUGUUAUAAGAGUAAGGAGGAAUCCAGUGGAACUCCUGUCCAUCAAAUGAACUUGAGAGGUAAGACAGUCAGGAGCUUCAUGCGUUCCAAGCUCCAGACCUACUACAGCCCACCAGGAGUGUGUCCUCCCAGGGUAAUUGCUGAAACCCAGCCAUAGCUCCAGACCUAUUACAGCCCACCACAAAUGCGUCCUUCCAGGGUAAUUGGUGAAACCCAGCCAUAGCUCCAGACCUACUACAGCCUACCAGGAAUGCAACCUCCCUUGGCAACUACUGAAAUCCAGCCGUAGCUCUAGAAUAGACCUACUAUAGCCCAGAAGGAGUGUGUCCUCCCAGGGUAAUUGCUGAAACCCAACCAUAGCUCCAGACCUACUACAGGCCACCAGGAGUGUGUCCUACUAAUUAAUGAAACCCACCCAUAGCUCCAGGGCCUACUACAGCUCACAACAAAUGCGUCCUCCCCGGAUAAUUGAAAAAAAAGCACUCCUAACUGGGACCUCUGUCUGAGCUGAGCUCUGAAGUGCAGGGAGCUGUUCAUUGGUUGUGAACUCUCAGCUGAUCACUCUCAACCUAUGAUCCUGUCCUGCACAGCUUAGCUUGGCUAAUAAAAGCUCCAUGCAGGAGCUCCUGCUCCAGUGGAGAUUGGCAUCAGGUGGACCUCAGGUGAAUCCUAAAACAGUUUGAUUACUUGCCCUCGGAGGCUAGUAUCAUGGUUCCCAUUCGCGGGAGGGAGUUCGUGUCGAAACACUUUAUUUAAAGCUGGUUUUGUUGAGGAAUCUGUAUCCCUGUAGAUGUCAUAACGACGGUAUAGAAUCCCGUUGGUCUGUGGAAGGUUUGUAAAUGAGUAGCUCCUUGUUUAAUGUUUCACUGUGCGGUAAAGCUCCAAAUAGGAACGUGAUGUCAGGGAGAAUUUUGGUCUGGAAUAGCUUUCUGUGAGAUUAACUCCGCAAUCCAGUGAUCGACAGACUGAAUGUUUGAGCUGGCCUGGCUUAGUCCAUUUACUCAUUUAGAAUAAUCUUGGUUUGGGGUAUUUUUAUUUUUUAUUUUUUUUAAAAUCCAGCUUUCACGUGACCACAUUGGCUACACAUCCUGGAUUCUGGCUAUUUAUACUCCAUCGUGCGCUGUCAGAAUAUUUCCCCUACGAUGAUUGAUUGAUCUGUUGGAUAUAGGGAAAGCUGUGAUUUAUUUUUUUUUUGGAUUUUUUAUUUUUUAUUUUAUUUUUUUUAAGUAUCAAUCUAAGCACAAAAACCAAUACAGCUCAGUGAUGUGAACCUUAAGCCUUGUACUUAUUUGCCUGAUGUAUCCAUAACUCUAUAGAGAAUGACAUGAACUUCAGCAUGGUCUUCUGUACAUGUUUUAACCAGACCAUCGUGUUUUAUUUUUCCAAUGCAGGUUGUGAGGUGACGCCAGAUGUUAAUAUCUCUGGGCAGAAGUUUAACAUUCGCCUUCUUAUCCCAGUUGCUGAGGGCAUGCAUGAGAUCUGGCUGCGCUGCGAUAAUGUAAGUAUUUCUAUUGUUCAUUGCUGCGGUGGUGUGUCUAUCUGGUAUUCAUGGUAAUUUUUUCUACCCUGCAGGAGAAGCAGUAUGCCAACUGGAUGGCAGCCUGCAGAUUGGCAUCAAAGGGCAAGACCAUGGCAGAUAGCUCAUACAGCUUGGAAGUCCAGAACAUCUUAUCUUUUCUAAAGAUGCAACAUUUAAACCCAGACCCACCACUUAUCCCUGACCAAAUGAACUCUGACAUUAACCCGGAAUGUGUGGUUUCUCCUCGCUAUUUAAAGAAGUACAAAAAUAAACAGGUAUGGGUUCAUUCAGCAGUAUUCGCAUCUUUAGAAUGUGCCCACAGUCUCCCUGGGGUGGGGAGGGGUUUAUUAAAAAUAAUCUGCUUGACCGCAGGACAAUGUCAUGUUUCACUAUUGUAUCUUCUUCCCGAGAUUGUUGCUGUGUCCCACCUUCCACUUUUAGUAGAAUUAAAGAGCAGUGCAGGUUAAGAUAGAGAUAUAGAUGUGUAUAUAUAUAUAUUUAUUUGUAAAUGUGUUUUCCAGAACAUAAAUUGCCUUUACUCACAAUGGAAUAUAAAAUAUUGUUCUAUUGGGAUUAGUCACCUUUUCAAUAUUGUCACACCCCUCUUUGCCCCAGAGCACCCUAACUUCUUUGCAGUAUGAUAUUAGCGAGGUUCCUUAAACAUUAGUAGAGGUUCUGCAAUGACUAUUGAUUCCACCACGUUCCAAAUCUGAUCUGGUGACCGCGGUGUCCAUUUGAGGACAACACAUUGAUGUGUGUUUAUUGAAAUCACAAAUUUUCCUAGUGGAAGUAGCCAUUAGAAAAUGAGUCAAUUCUGGCUAGUCACAGAUACACGUGGCCAGCGAUAACACCAUGGCAGGCUGUGGCAUUUAAACAAUGCUAAUCUGUCCCAGGAAAUUCUUCCCUCGCCAGCCAGAACUGCUGAAAUAAUGGGUCCAUGGACACUUUGCAUUCUGACCUUACCGUCAAACAGCAGAAAUGUUAAUAACCAAGUGAUGUUUUAAGUCCUCUUCUGUUCAGUUCUGCUGCCUGUGUUCACACGCUCCCCGCAGUUUCUUGUUCUCGCUGACGGGACUGGCGAGCAGUGUGGUCAUCUGCUGUUGUAGCCCAUCCUUCAACAAGUGGUCAGAGACAUUCCUCCAUGUUAAAGCUUCCUUAUUAGUUAGUUGCCUUCCUGUCAGCCAGAAUCGGGCCACCCAUUCUUCUCUAGCCCCUCUCUUUAACCCACAGAGCUGAAGCUCGGUGUUUGGUUUUCAUACCAGUUUGUCUCUAAAUUCUAAAGACUUUUCUGUUAAAAUUCCAGGAUAUCAGCAGAGGUUGACAUGCUCAGACCUCUUGCACCAGCAAUCAUUCCACAGUUACCCAUUAACCUAUUAAACCGCUUGACUGUGUCUAAACCAAUUGAAGCGCUCACCCUUUCUGUGUGAAUGAGUAAUAACAUGGAGACCACUGAAAACAGCUUGAGGAAGCUUAAAGGGACACUAUAGUCACCAGAACAACUACAGCUUAUUGAAUUUGUUCUGGUGAGUAGAAUCAUUACCUUCUGGCUUUUUGCUGUAAACACUGUCUUUUCAGAGAAAAUGCAAGGUUUACAUUACAGCCUAGUGAUAACUUCACUGGCCACUCCUCAGAUGGCUGUUAGAGAUCCUUCCUGGGUCAUGGCUGCCUAAAAUGCAUCCAAACAUUCAGUAUCUCCUCCCUCUGCAUGCAGACACUGAACUUUCCUCAUAGAGAUUCAAUGUAUCUCUCUGAGGAGAUGCUGAUUGGCCAGGGCUGUGUUUGAAUCAUGCUGGUUCUGCCUCUUUUCGAGUGUUACGGCUCCCCCGGUAGGAGAGGGGAUACUGCCGUAUAGGACGUUCCCAUACUGAAUGCAGAGGUAGCUACUGAGCACUCCAAACUGCAGACCCGCAAUCACACGAACCCGUUGGUCUCCAAAAACAGCUGAACAACAAUCACACGAAUCAGUCUCCCAAAUAGUCAAACAAGCAUAAUCCAUACGAAUAAUCCCCCCCAAUGAUGAGACAAAGCUCCGUAUUGAGGGUCAGCAGGAAUCUGUUUUACUGAGGGCUACCUGCCCAGUAUUUAUGCAGGUCUCCCACCUGGUGGACACUCCCGUAGGGGACCAGAUGGGAGACUGUGACAAGGACAUUACAACAACCAAUCACAGUGUUACACAUGUAGCCAUGCCCCUUUAAUUACCCUCUGCUCUGCCCGGGAGAUAAUUGUGAAGAAAUUCAAUUAUCUCCCUGGACAGAGACCAAACGCCGUUUUAAAUUACUAUAACAAAAUGCAUAAAAAUAUAUAAAUUUACAAUAACUGUACAUAAUACAGGCAUUCAACGUGCCCCCAGAUAGCUGGGAUCUGAGCGCACAAAAGUACCGAAUAGCGCUCCGAUCCUAUGCACACAGUCCAAUCGCCGUGGAGUCAAAGUGUUCACAAAGUCUGUUCUCCAUACGAAUAGACUCCAUGGGAUGGCCAUCUAGGGUGUGGCUUAUUCGUGGACAAAAUACCGAAUAGAGGGAUUUUCAGGAGUUCUCUACCGAAGGAAAAGGGAGGUCGGCUGCUUCAGCGGUGUUCGGGCCAAAAAGUGUCUGUUUUGAGUUCCAUGGGUUUACCGUCGAACACCGCUGAGCGUUCGCAGAUUUAAAAUGGCCGCGACCUCGUGUUCGGGAUACGAAUGGCGGCCACCCAGCUACAGGCAUCAACUAAAAGGUGUCUGCGGUUAACCUCAACGUUCAAAUGGGGCCAAGAGGUUAAUCAGCAGCACACUUCUCUACUGGGUGGCCGGCCAUUCGGGAGUUUAUUUUUUUUCAGUAGUAAAAAAAAAAAAAAGGGAAUGGUAUAGAGUCCACAUGAACGGCAAAAGUUGAAUCGAACCAGCGAAUGAUCGAGAAGUCUCUGUAAGUUCAAGACAGAGAGAUCUGUCACAGUCAGUCUCAGCCAAUUCUAUGGGGAAGCAUUGUGAUUGGAUCAGGCUACCACUUCUGAUGUCAGCAGAUUGCUGUAACAGAUCACCUGGCACCCCGACUGGGUACCUCCAUUAUUGGAUGCUCCUAGCGCUUCCUGAGGGCUCCAAGCACUCCAGCCAACACCAUAACCACCAUAGACUCCUUCAGAGAGCAAGACCGGAACAAGCUCUUAAAAGAGCUUAGUAGUUAUCCAAGGGAGCAUGCAGAGCAUAGCAAUCCCUUGUAGUGAUAUAGCAAUUCCCCCAAUAAGAGACAAGACUCUAGAUUGAGGGUGAAGUAGAACUGUCUAAAACUUUCUUUACUUGGGACUAGCCCAUAUGGUCAUUACAUUAACAUUGCUGGGAAAAGUCAAUAAAAUGACAGUCAAAUCAUAGCAGGCAACAUACAGUGACUUAUUGUAACACAAUGGCAUAUUUUUAAAGAGGUGGGGGAGACUAUUAACAGAAAAUAUCUCACGUGCCUGCAGAAUUAGCAAUAUGCAAAUCUACCCGAAUAUGGGUAAAUAUGUAAAUGAACCAGUCUUGCUAUUCAGGUAGUGCAUAUUGCUGUUGCUACCAACAGAGGGCACUAGACAAGCUCCAUAGCCAAAUCCACCUAGUUGGUAGCAAACUUCAGCAGUACAGGAAAGCAGGCAAUACAUCCCAGGGGCCAUAGUCACAUGGCAGGAGGCUGGCAAUCCGUCUUCUCCAAUGCCCAGUGGCGAGGUUGGUUUCACCACAACUGCUUGGUUUUUCUGAGGCAAAGGGCAUGCAGAUCUACAGCUUCAGGCAUGAAUACAGUAAGAUUUUGCUAUAUUUAUGGAGGCAUGAGGGGCCCAUCGGGGGCUAGAUGGUGGUGUUAACACUAUAGGAUUGGGAAUACAUGCUUGUGUUCCUGACCCUAUAGUGAUCCUUUAAUGUACUGUUCACGGUUAAAUACUCUAAUAGGAAUUUAUUUUAAUGUACUAAAACUUGGGCUCAUGCAAAAACAAUGACACUUUGAGCGGCAAGAAGGUGGCAGCUGGGUGUAUUACAGCUUUGAUGGUGGAAAAAAGUUUAAGCCUUCUAGUGUAGACCAGGACAGUGGGCAACGGUAGUUUCUCCCGUCUGUGUGUCUGUAAAAGUUUCAAGUUCCAGGAUCAAACAGCAGGAGCUCUCCCUCUGGACAUUUUAAAAAUACUAUUUUAACUUGAUACCAUGCUGGACGUUCACCUGCUUGUUUCACUCGGGUCAAAAGUAUUCUCUCAGUCCUAUUAAUAACGAACACCCUGCCCUGCUACAGGAAAUGACAGUGUGGCACAUAAAGGGUCAACUUGAGUAUGGGCACACGUCCAAAAUUGUGGGAUCUUCGAGGUCGGAUGUGACUUCUGCAUCGUUUACUAUUCCAUGACAUAGAGUUGUACCGGAAACUCUGUGCCCAGGGAAUGAAUGGAAUGCAGCCCGUGUGUCCCCACUGAAACAUGUCCUCUGUCUAUUUACCCUCCACAGCCAAGAUCCAGCCAUUGCAAGGACCCUGAACUUCUAUACAGUCACUCUUCUUUUUUUUUUUUUUCAUUUCUCAGAAUCCUUUAAAAAUAUUUAUUUUGGUAAAUCUUCUACUCAAUAUCUCCCUGCAGUGGAAUAUCUAUAGAGGUUAAAAUGCUGAAAGUGGCGUAAUCUGCAGGGACAUUCCUUUCAUUUCCAUGAUUGCUCCACGUUAUGGUGCUGUUAUAUAAACGGGUCAUGGUUAGGAGUCUCGGUGCUGUGCGAUCCAUUCUCAUGCGCCCAGCAGUCUAUAUCUGGCUUUGCUGUCUGUCUUCUAUUCUUUGUCAUGUGAUUUGCAUGUUUGCGUGUAGUGCGAAUACUUUAUAAACCUCACUGCUUUAUUUAUUUUUUCUUUUCCCCUUCUGGGUUUCAUUCCUGCGCCUUUUCUGCCUGCAGCUGGGCUAUGUAAGAGAAUUGGUAAGUCUCAAUCCCAUCCAUCGGACUUCAAUCUCGAUAUUCGUUUUUUUGUUAAACUUUCCUGGCUAACCACGAUUUUCUGGCUGCGAUCAGUGUAUGGAGUAAUCCUUUUCUUAUCGUUUUUGGUGUGAAGUGCAUGUUCUUGGUUUUUUGCUAAGGUGUUCUAAACACGUGAUGAAUGAUCGGUCUUGCUGCUAUGCAUGUGUCUGACAGUGGGGUGCAUUGUAUAGAUGAUCGGGUCAAGGCUUUUUAGUUUUUGUGGCUACAACCAGAAUCUCUGCACUCGCACGGAGUUAAUCUGUUUUAUACACGGUGUGUGCGAUACAGCGAGUACGUGAAAGCACUCAGCAGUAAGUGUUCAAACCUUGGUAUAAACUGACUGUUUCUCUCGGUAAGUGAUUUAGAAAAGUGUAAGCAGUUUCAGUCGGAGUCUGUCAGUGGACAAAAAAUCCCAAAACCACAGAUCGGUAGAAUCCAUUGCUAAAUGGAACCUCAGGCAAUGUAUCUAGGACCAAGACGGGCAGAGCAAACAAAGGGUUUCACACUCGCUGUGUUGCCAUAACAAGGCUAUUGAUAUCACAACAAAAAUACAACAUUUUUAACCUUUUUGUUUUUAUGUGCAUUAUUUUAAUAUUCAAGCUUAUAGACGGUGUGUCUAGAGAAAGCUGUGCAUUCAGAUAUCCACUUGGUGUAAAAAUAAAAUGUUUUGUUAUCUGAAAAUUGUGAAAACCAAUAAAAAACACAUUUGAUUUGAAAACCGAUUCAAUUUUUAAUCCCAAUAAUUAGCGCAUUGAUCGGCUCCCGAGUUGCUGUGUGCUAUUUUAUUUAUUCACUUUCUAUCCUUUUUGUCUGGUUUUAUUAGAUCACAGCGCGGAUUCUAGAGGCACAUCAGAAUGUCGCUCAGAUGAGUCUUAUAGAAGCAAAGAUGAGAUUUAUCCAGGCCUGGCAGUCUCUUCCUGAAUUUGGGAUCUCUCAUUUCCUUGCCAGGUGAGUCAAUAGACACUCUACUGCCGAAAUACAAAAAUGAUGCAUUGUUUUCCACUGUGGAUAUAUCUAAAAAUAGCUUCAGUUCUCUUGUCGCACAGACUUCCCAAUGCAGCUCAAUGAGAAGUCUUUGCAUGCCCUCCCCUUCAAACCCCGCCCAGACUUUCUGUGGCUGUCCAAUCACAGACUUCCCAAUGCAGCUCAAUGACAAGUCUUUGCAUGCCCUCCCCUUCAAACCCCGCCCAGACUUUCUGUGGCUGUCCAAUCACAGACUUCCCAAUGCAGCUCAAUGACAAGUCUUUCCAAGGCAGGUGCUCUCAGCAAUUUCUGCCUCUUGAGUUUCUCUACUGAGCUAAACAAACCAGGAAGUAACAGAACCGGCUGACAGCUAAUUUCUAUUGAAAUCUAUUUUUAUUCCAAUUAUUCUAAAAGGGAUGUCAUGCUGUGAGUAUCAUAGUAUUAGCCAGGAGGGCUUUUAUGCUGUGAGUAUCUUCGUAUUAGCGGGAUUAUGCUGUAUCGUAGUAUUAGCAGGGGGCGGGAUUUCAUGCUGUGAAUAUCUUAGUAUUAGUGGGGGGGGAUUAUGCUGUAUCGUCGUAUUAGCGGGGGCGGGAUUUCAUGCUGUGAGUAUCGUAGUAUUAGUGGGGGGGAUUUCAUGCUGUGAGUAUCAUAGUAUUAGCCAGGGGGCCUUUUAUGCAGUGUUUAUUGUAAUAUUAGUGGGGGGAGUUUCAUACUGUGAGUAUCGUAGUAUUAGUGGGGGAUUUCAUGCUGUGUGUAUUGUAGUAUUAGGGGGGGGAUUAUGCUGGGAGUAUCGUAGUAUUAGCGGGUGGUGGGAUUUCAUGCUGUGAGUAUCGUAGUAUUAGCGGGGGGUGGAAUUUCAUGCUGUGAGUAUCGUAGUAUUAGCGGGGGGAUUAUGCUGGGAGUAUCGUAGUAUUAGCAGGGGGCGGGAUUUCAUGCUGUGAGUAUCGUAGUAUUAGUGGGGGGCGGGAUUUCAUGCUGUGAGUAUUGUAGUAUUAGCGGGGGGAUUAUGCUGUGAGUAUCGUAUUAGCGGGGGGGAUUAUGCUGUAUCGUAUCGUAUCGUAGUAUUAGCGGGGGCGGGAUUUCAUGCUCUGAAUAUCGUAGCAUUACAGGGGGUGGCGGGAUUUCAUGCUGUGAGUAUCGUAGUAUUACCGGGGGUGGCGGGAUUUCAUGCUGUGAGUAUUGUAUUAGUGGGGGUGCGGGAUUUCAUGAUGUGAGUAUCGUAGUAUUAGCGGGUGGGGGCGGGAGGUACUCUGGGGAGUAAGUAAUUAUAGCAAUCCCCAGAGUGUAGGUAUCCCUUCCCCCAAGCAUGAGCCAAGGCUUCAAGAAAGGUGCAAGUAGGUCUGGUUUAUUGAGGGCUACCUGCCUGGUAUUUAUGCAAGUGUCCCCCAGGUGGACACUCCCCUAGGAGACCUGAUGGAACAAUGGGACACAUACAAACAAACCAGUGACAUCACAAUCCCUCCUCUCUAUCCUGGAGAUAAUUUGAUUACUUCCAAAUUAUCUCCCAGGACAGAGGCAAGACUCCAUUAACCACAUGGUUACAAAAAGACAUAAAAUUAAACAAUGUUACAAUUACUACAUAAAAGUAUAUAUGCAACAUAUCCCCAGAUAGCUUGGAUCUGAGCGCACUUUAUUACCGAAUGGCACGCAGAUAACAUACAUACAGUUCAAUCGCCAUGGAGUCAACGUCUUUUCCAUAGUCUUUUGUUAGGCUCCAUGGCAUAGCUAUCUGGGGUAGCACUACUCACAUACUGAAAGUCCCGAACGCCCCGGCAGAAAUACACAAAUAAACCUUUCUGCAGGGGAAAAUACCGCUAUCAGCACAGGGGCCAUAGUCGGAAGGCAGGAGGCUAGCCAGUAGUAGGCACAAGUGGUGAAGGGCACUUCGUCACAGGGGUGUUUUAUGCUGUGAGUAUCGUAGUAUUAGAGGGGGGUUGUGUUUAAAUACCUUGUUUGAAUGAGAACAUUUGCUGCAUUUGUUGGUUUUUCUGCAGAUUUCAAGGAGGUAAAAAGGAAGAAUUGAUUGGAAUCGCUUAUAACAGACUGAUCCGAAUGGACGCAAGCACCGGCGAUGCCAUUAAGACCUGGCGUUUCAGCAAUAUGAAACAAUGGAACGUCAACUGGGAAAUUAAAAUGGUAACUCUGCUAGCUCCGCGUCUGACUCCCAUCACUCUCAGGGGUUCAAUUCAGAUCUUCACAUGUUGAAAAUGUAUUAAGUGGAAAAUCUGAAACCUUCCAAAAGCGUGGCUGCAUGAACACUUAGUAUUUCAUGGUCAACGUUGACUCCUGGUGAAAUAGAAAUGCUAGGUCUGUACACAGGAGGUAAAUAUGCAGGAGCAGUCGGGAAUCUUUAACGGAUAACAAACCUGUCUCCAUAUAUCUUGUAAUAACAAUGGUGCCGUUCUGCAGAUCAAUGACACAAUGUGCGCAUGUUUCCUCUGACAUUAGUUGUGCUACCAGUCUGCUGGUUAAACUGCAGCUCUCCUAGAGCCAGCAGGACAGGAAGCAUCUAAGGGACUGUUAUCCAAAAAGAACCGCAGUGCUUCCACACAGAGCCAUUUUACCAUACGGUCCAUAGUUACAUAGUUACAUAGCUGAAAAGAGACUUGCGUCCAUCAAGUUCAACUUCCUCACAAAUGUUGUUGCUGUUGAUCCAAAAGAAGGCAAAAAACCUGAUCUGAAGCGCUUCCAAUUUUGCCACAAACUAGGAAAAAAUUCCUUCUUGACCCCAAAAUGGCAGCCCGAUGUCUCCUUGGAUCAAGCAGCUAUUACCCCACUAAUUAGAAAUUAUAUCACUGUAUGUUAUGUUUUUGUAAGUAUUUAUCCAAUUUCAGUUUAAACAUCUGUAUGGACUCUGACAGAGAAUUCCAUAUCCUUAUUGUUUUUACUGUAAAAAAACCUUUUCUUUGCCUUAGAUGAAAUCUCCUUUCUUCCAGUCUAAAUGUGUGACCUCGUGUCCUAUGUAUAGCCCUGUUUAUGAAUAGAUUUCAAGAUAAAGGUUUGUACUGGCCCCGAAUAUAUUUGUAUAAAGUUAUCAUAUCCCCUCUCAGGCGCGGGUUUUUCCAAACUAAACAGAUUUAAUUUUUUUUUAACCUUUCUUCAUAACAAAUGCUCCAUUCCUUUUAUCAAUUUUGUAGCUCGUCUCUGGACCCUCUCCAGUGCCAUGAUAUCCUUCUUUAGAACAGGCGCCCAAAAUUGCACAGCAUAUUCAAGGUGUGGUCUUACCAGCGAUUUAUAAAGAGGCAUUUAUACAUGACAAAAUCUUACUGGCCUUAGCAACAGCAGAUUGACAUUGCAUAUUGCUGCCUAAUUUGUGGUCUAUAACAAUUCCCAAAUCCUUCUUGUGUGUGGUUAUCCCUAAUUUGCUACCAUUUAGGGUGUAAGUUGUUUGUGCAUUCUUGACUCCAAAGUGCAUAACUUUGCAUUUCUCUACGUUAAAUUUAAUCUGCCAUUAUUUUUUUUUUAUCAAUUCUUUAUUUUUGCAUUGACAGACAUUGAAGGUGAUAACAGUUUUGGCUUACGCAGAAGCCCAUCUUUCAAAUGUGCUUUAGUCGUGUUACAGAAAGGAAAUCUGGGUUGUUAGUGUACAUAAUAUACGUUUUAGACAUGUUGCGUGUGGGUUGCGCAGAGGCUGUUGUCGCUUAGUUUUCGCCUGUCAAAGAUUUUUUUAUUUAUUUGUUGUAUGCACAAAAAAACAUAUACCCAAGAAGAAAAAAGAACAAGAGAAAAUAGGAGUUAAAUCCUAGAACUGCACGAGUGAGUAGCACACAGCUCAGUGGGUGCUCAUUUGUCUUAUGGUUUUUCAUCAUAUUGUUCCCAAAGGGCCCAUACCUUUUGAAAUGUGGUGGUAGUGUUCCGAACGUUAGCUGUCAUCUUGUCCAUUAAGUAAUUAUCUCUGAUUUUGGAAAUUACUAGAGAUAUUGGGGGUGUCUCUGGUUUUAUCCAGUGUUGUGCCAGUGCUCUGCGAGCUGCUAGAUUGAGCAUAUUCAGAAGUCUUUGGUCGUGUUUGUCUAGUCCGUUUGUCGGUCGUGAUAGUAGGCAUGCCCAAGGGUCCAGUGUUAUUUGUCGGUGUAGGAUUUUAGUGUGCAUGUCCACUAUUUUUCCCCAAAACUCUUUUACUUUGAUGCAUUGCCACCACAUGUGGAUGUAUGUGCCUUUUUCUCCACAUAGUCGCCAACAGGUGUCAGUGGGGCAGAGUUGCAUGUGAUGUUGCUUGACUGGUGUUGUAUACCACCGGAGCAUUAUUUUAUGCUUGUUCCUGUAGGGUCGUGCAUAUAGACACUUUUGUGUUCGCCUCACAUAUGUCUUGCCACUCCGUCCCCUCUAGCGUUUCACCCAGGUCUGCUUCCCAUUUGUCUGUGUAUGUCUGUGGUCCCCACGUUCCUGAUUCUAGGCAUAUGUGGUUGUAUAGCAGAGAGAUUAGUUUCGCUGGCAUGCUUUCUUUUAGGCAGAUUUGCUCAAAGAAGGUAAGAGGCUUGGCAUUUGCCAUUUUGACCUCAUUGGUUUGUGCAAAAUCCCGUAAUUGUAUAUAUCGGAAGAAGUCGCGGGUUUGUAAUGGGGCUAAGGUUUGUAAGUGUUGGUAUGUUACUAGUUGGUUGUCUAUAUAUAGGUGAAUAUAGCGUUGUAGGUUCGUGGCUUUGAUGCCUUUAAAAUCUCGUCCCCUUAGGCCCGGUGGGAAUGCUCUGUUACGUAGUAUUGGGGACGGGAGGUUUGUGAGUUUGAAUUUCUGAGCGAUUUGGUCCCAUAAGCUAAUGGAGUUUAGGAUGGCCGGGCAGUCUGUCCGUAAUAUUGUUCUGUGUUGUCUUGGUGUCCAUAUGAGGAACUGCGGGAGGUCUGCGCCUGUCAUGAGGGAUUCUAUGUCAACCCAGCGGCGUUGAUUUUUGGGGCAGUGCCAGUGAGCUAUUUGGGCGACUUGGGCUGCAGUAUAGUAAUGGUGGAGGUGGGGCAUACCCAGGCCUCCUCUCCCCCUGGGGUUAUACAGUAUUUUUUUGGCUAUUCUUGGCCGCUUUCUCUGCCAGAUAAAGGCGUCUAUUGCCUGUUGUAGGCCAGCUAGGUCACUCUUGGCCACUCGAGUCGGGAGUGCUUGGAAUAAGAAUAGCAGUCUUGGUAAGAGGUUCAUUUUUAUGGAGUGUAGGCGACCUAGCCACGUGAUGGGUUUGUCUGUCCAGGUUUCUAAGUCCGUCUUGAGUUUCGUGAUCAGCGGAGUGUAAUUAUGUUUAAAUAGUGUGCUGUGAUCUGCUGUGAGUCUGACGCCUAGAUACGUGAGUGUGUCUGUGUUGGUUUUGAUAUGGUAGGUGUGUCUGAUGUGUUGUGCCUCCCGGUCAGGUAUAUGGAACGUCAGUGCCGUCGAUUUAGUGAGGUUGACUUUGUAUCCUGAUACGUCUCCAUAUGUCUGCAGUAGCUUUUCUAGGUUUGCCAUUGAUCGGGUCGGGUCUGUGAGCGUUAGGAGUAUGCAGCUACUUUGAAUUGUUCAUCUCCUAAGUGCACUCCUUUUAUGUUUGGGUUAGCUCGGAUGAGGUGUAGAAGUGGCUCAAGAACUUUCGCAAAUAGGAGUGGUGACAGGGGGCAGCCCUGUCUCGUUCCAUUGCUCACUUGGAAUGGGGAUUUUGGUGCUCCUGUAAUUAUGGUUUGUGCUUGUAGGUUCGUGUAUAGGGCCUUUAUUGCUGUGAUGUAGGGUUCUGGGAAGCCUUGCAUUUGAAGUAAUUUGUUUUUUAAAAAUAUUUUUAUUUUUAAGCAUAUUAGGAAUUUAGGCAUCAAACUGAUUUAUAACAAGGCAAUUGAUUGCCCACGCAGGGGCUGCAACAUUAAUAUAACACAGUAUUCCUUCGGUUGCCUGCGCAAAGGCGGGUUUGUUUUAAAUGCUUCUUUUGUAUUUGGCAUUGCAGAUACAAGCAGGUAGUCAUUCAUGUUUCAUGGGAAGCUCAUGGUUGCCUGCGCAGAGGUGUUUCAGAUAAAACGUGCAGGUACAUUAGGAACUAGGGUUUGCAACAGAUACUAGCUCUAGGAAUCCACAUGACUUCGUUCAGGUUGUGGGCUUAGAUUAUUUUUACAUUUGUCUUGUUGUUUGUCAUCUAGCUGUGUGUUGCUAAGGGUACAUUUGAAGUAAUUUGAACAGAAAGGGCCAUUGUACUCUAUCGAAGGCCUUUUCCGCGUCAAGGGAGAGGACGAGGGCAGGUAGCCUAGUGUGCGAUAUGUGCCAUAUCAAAUCCGCACCUCUGCGUGUAUUUUCGUAUAACUGGCGUCCCUAAUCUGCCAUUUUAGUGCCCAAUCCCCCAAUCUAUCCAAAUCCCUCUGCAGCAAAGCAAUAUCCUGCUCACAUUUUAUUACGUUACAAAGUUUUGUGUCCUCUGCAAACACUGAUACAUGGCUUUCAAUGCCUAUUUCAAGAUCAUUUAUAAAUAUGUUAAAUAGAAGUGGUCCCAAAACAGAACCCUGAGGGACACCACUUACCACUUUUGUCCAGCCUGAAAAUUUACCAUUAAUUACAACGCGUUGUACUCUAUCCUUAAGCCAAUGUUCUACCCAAGAACAAGAAUAUUCAUCUAGACCAAUUUCUUUUAGUUUGAAGACUAAUCUAUUGUGAGGAACCGUAUCAAAUGCCUUGGCAAAAUCCAAGUAGAUCACAUCCACUGCAACACUCUGAUCUAUACUUCUACUUACUUCUUCGUAGAAUGCAAUUAGCUUAGUUUGACAUGACCUAUGUUUCAUAAAACCGUGCUGAUUAUUGCUAAUAACAAAGUUCUUCCCAAUGAAUUCCUGAAUAUUAUCCCUUAGUUCACAAAGAAUGGGCAAAAAAAAUCUAGAGAGGAGCUUGGUCAGAUCUGCAGCUCAAUGUUAGAACACAUUGUGACCAACAAAGAUAGAAAAUAUUAAGGAAGAGAAUUAAUCAAUAGAACAUUUUAUUAAAUUAAAACCAGAGGGGCUGUAAUGCGGUGCACUAAGUGUGAGUGAAGUCUUCACAAUAUCUGUGAAAGCCAUUUAUGGGAUCGGUCUAUACACUGCUUGGCUUUUGUCCCGAUAAACGCAAGGUUCUGGUGUAUCUAAUUAUAGUCACUGUAUCUCAAUAUUGCACUUUUUUUUUUUUUUUUUUCCUAGGUGACUGUGGAGUUUGCCGAUGAAAUGAGGUUGUCCUUUAUCUGCACAGAAGUCGACUGCAAAACAGUCCACGAAUUUAUUGGCGGUUACAUUUUCCUGUCUACUCGGGCAAAGGACCAGAACGAAAGUCUAGAUGAAGAAAUGUUCUUCAAGCUUACAAGCGGUUGGGUGUGAUGGUUCCUGACCCAGCCGCCCACUGCUAUGAAUUCCUCAGAGCUGUUUCUCUCAAUUCCCCCUCACCCCACCCCCUUAAAACUGCUUCAAUUCAGACACCAUAAAGUGCUUGAAAUGUAUCCAGUCUAAUUUUACAGAUUUGUGUUUAACAAGAUCUGUGCACAAUCAAGCACUUCAAUCACCGAGUGGAGAGCGAGACAACGCUCAUACCAACGCGUCUCGCAUCCCCUUGGCACUCUGUCAACCAUCCACCGUCUGUAGCAAUUUCAGCAGUUGUCAUAGUGGAAAGCCAGGAUUUUUAUCUUUCAGUUUUCAUCAGUCCGCACAGUGGACACUGUUUGUGACCGCAAAAAAAGUUAUACUAAGGAAAGCUUAAGAAUUUGAAGCCAUUAUCUAUAUAAAUAUCCAGGGCUUAAGAUAUAUAAUAUAUUAUUUAUCAGGUGCAUUGCAUGUAUUUUUAUAUUUUGAAUUUCUCAAGUUGACCUCGUGAUUUUUAAACUGCCUCCUGCCUUUAAGAAAGAUUUUAACUUGUCUUUGCGACAUGCCGGGUCAACGUGAAAUCGUCUGCUACUCUAUCAAAUUAAAAAUACCGCGGCCAUUAAGAAUCUGCCAUGUUGGUGCCUGUGACCGGUGUCUUGUCCUGCUUUAUUAUUUCAGUCUACUGCAGGCCUACCCUACAAUGGCCUUCUGUCUUUUGCUGGACUACAACUCUGAGGAUUCUGGGAAAUGUAGUCCCAGCAAUGUUUCUAGAGCCAUGGGUGGAUUACCAUAUAGUAUUAAAGAAAUGUAGUAUUUACCAGCAGAUAUGCAACAUUUCAUUAUAAUAUGAAGUAAAGGUCUAAUGAAGUAUACGUUUUUGUGUAACUUAUGUAAAAACACAAAUUUUAUAAAACUGUACAGUUUUUUUGUUUGUUUUUUUCUUCUAAACGGCUCACGCAUUUCCUUUAGCUAUAGUGCCUUCGUUUAAAAUUUAUAUUUUGCAUUUAAGAAUGUAUGCCUCCAUUUUUCUAGUAUUUAAAGCUAUUCACUACAAUAUUAAUAUUUGUGACCCUAAUGAAAUGUUGAGGGUCUCUUUGGGAACCUGGUAUUUGGGCUGCAGAGACCCGCUGAAUUAUGAAAUGAUGGCUUCACGCAGCUGACCUGUUAAAGGCGCCAUUACCCAUGAUGCUUUUAUCCAGUGCUGGAUGUGGGCCUAAUUAAUCUCCUUAAUGAACAAUUAAGUUAACCUCUGAAUUUUACAUUCCCUGGUGCCAAGCUGGGCGAGUAGCCAGGUCCCCACACCCUCUACAAGCAGGGAAUAACCUGCAAAUCAACGGCAACACUAAAUGUCUAUAGUCCCAGACUGUUCUGUGUCCCACUAACCAGGCUGGCUGCCAAUCAAAAAGGAUGCUGAACGGUUUGAUCAAACAUGGUCCUGCCUCAUUCAGUAGCGAGGGUUUGCGAUGCAUUGCUUGUACUCGCCCAUAUUUAAAGUAUUAUUGUGUUGCAUUGUCAGAGUGGAAUGCGUUGUCAGAAUUUCUACAAAUAGUGUUUAAACCUGCUUUGUUAUGACAUAAAACUAUGUAAAAAUGCUUUUUAUUUUAAAUAAAAGAUGACCUUUAUUUGUUGUUUUAUUUCCCCCCACCCCCUUUAGAAAUUAGUUGGUGGUUUGUUUUCAAUCUGAUUGGGUUCAGCUACCUCCAGCCUCUGCACAUUUAGCACAAUAAAGGAAACCAAACAAGUCUUUAGUGUUUUGUGUUUUGCUUUUCGUGUAUGGGGUCACCGCUUUGGUGAGUACGUAUGGCUGAUCUCCUCAAUCCUUGCUUUUGACUAUUUGUUU